AUGAUUCAAAAUAUAUUUUUAUUUUUUUUCCUAGGACAAUUAACUUCACCACGUUUUUAUAACGCCGGUCCAACACUUCCUUACAAAGACACACAUUUUAUAGGAAGAGAAGCAGUGGUGCAAAAAAUUGUUCAAAAACUUACCCAGGACUCAAAUCCUUCGCGCGUCAUCAUCAUUGUUGGUAUCCCUGGGAUAGGAAAGACAGAGGUUGCCAUUCAUGUCGGUCACUUACUUCAAGAAGAACAUAACAAGCCUGUUAUAUUCAUUCAACAACAACAAAAUCUCUCAGAUGUCUGCAGCGAAAUCAUCCGUCAAAUUAACCCUCUGGCUCCGAAAAUCUCAGAUAGUCACGAUAUGGUAUUCAUAGCGAAGCGAAGGCUUUUAGAGGUUACCGAGAGUAAAGUUAUCGUGUUGGACGCCACAGAAGAUACACAACAUCAAGGACAGGAGUUUGACGAUUUUCUACGAUAUGUAGAAGUAUACACACCAGAAGUUCAAUUGAUCAUCACAACUCAAGAGGAUGUGGGUCAUCGUUCCUUGGACACACUCAAAGUGCGUCUAGAUCGUCUUGACUCCGAGUCAUCUGCCAAAUUACUUCAGAACUUAGUUCCAAACUGUGAGGAGCAGUAUAUCAAGGAACUCGGCAACCUCUGUGGUGGGAUACCGUUGGUUCUUAUCAAUUGUGCAAGAUUACUAGAAGACUUUUUCAGCCCGAAGACAUUGGUAGCACAGCUGAAAGAAUAUCCCGUACCGCUUUUGAACACCAAUGCAGAAGAUGUUUACAAUGCUUUGAGACAAUUCCUGUCCAAUAUGUCAGAAAACAUAAAAGCGAACCUUGUUCGCCUUUCAGUUUUUCCAUCUGCGUUUUCCGUUAAAGACAUGAAGGAUCUCUUCGGCAACGUAUUAGAGCCAGUGGCUGUUAAAAAUACCAUGAUAAGGCGUUCUCUACUUCGUAGAAUUGACAAUGAAAAGUUGGUUUUGCAUCCUUUGGUCCGCGAGUUCCUCAAAGCUGAGAGGAGACUUCUCAACAUGGAUGAUGUUGGUAAAAAAGCUCAACAGAAGUUUAAUCAACAUUACCUUGAGCUUCUCGAAACCUCAAGCAAACAAUUUAUCAGCAAAGGGUGGUCGCAAAAUGCUAUUUCUACCUUUAGGACAGAAAAGGCAAACAUCCUGGAGAUGUUCAAAAAUUUCCGGCAGGAAGGAGUCGACAAGAGAGAGACCGACUCGUUUAUAGAUGUUGCUAACUCCAGCAAGGUUUUUGAUUUCUUGGUCAAAGUUUUAUAUCCAGCCUCCGAGUUAUUAAGCUUGUAUGAAGCGUGCUUACACUUUGCCGAAGCAUCUAAUGACACGAGAAGACUUGCGGAUAGUCUAACUGCUCUCGGAGUUAUUAGUCUCUAUUAUGGAACUCGCCGAACGGUCAGCUACGAUACUAUUGAGAAACUUCAGCAUGCCUUUGAAAUCCGGAAGAAUUUGCCAAAAGAAUUACAGUAUUGUGAGACGCAUGCACGCACCAUUUCUAAGCUUGGGCUGUGUUACGCACUUCAGGUAAAAAUACGAAUAGAAUUCUUUUUUUUUUUUGUUCCGCCGUAAGUGUUUAUAAUAGGCCAUUUCCGAGUUACCGUAAGCCUCAUGCAAAUAAAACUCAUUAUCACAAGUCACAAAGAUUUUGCACUUAGCCUCAUUUUGAAAGUGAGGGUUUUUGUAACUCGGAAAUGGCCCUUUUUUAUUACUUCCUUUACAUAAUGUAUAGGAAAGAAAAAUAUAUUUAAAUGCGAAUGGAGCAAAGCGAACAAGUGUUUCCUUUCCUCGGGGUUUUACCUCGAAGGGAUGACUUUAAUAAUAUUAAUGUCACCGCACCUAAAAGUAGAAGUAAAUCCUUUUUGGAUACUUCUCUUUUUAGUAUUUAAACCGGAAUCAAUUAUCGAUGCUGCUUGAACAGUGAGUUGAAGAAGUAACUUGUUAAUAAUCACUAGUUAUCACAAAACACUCGAAGAGAAAAACAGGCUAUGAUCGUGAUUACGUACACUGUAGCAAUUAGGUAAGUGAGUGCCCGAUUGGAAUACUGGGUCAUUACACGACUAGGCUUUCCUGUGCGAACUUUAUUUCUAAAGGUAGUUUUUCUUGAAGGUCCGCUCUAGCAAUUUUUGUUGGGAUUUUUGAAAGCGAUUCAGAUGCCACUAUCUGAAUGCGAGUCUACAUUGCAUGUAUUUGUCACUGUGAGGUCGAACAAAGGACUCCUCCCACAGGUACCAAGUGUUAUAACUUAAAGGACACCUGCUGACCAUGUCUCUUUGAUUGCAGCAGUAAGCUGCAAACAAAGGAGCUUUCUCUUGGAUCCUUAAAGAUAUUUCGAACAUUUUUGUUCUUGUAGUUUAAAAUUUACAUUGAAUUUAUGUAUUAUGUAAAUAUAUAGUAAUGAUAAUAAUAAUAAUAAUAAUUAUUAUUAUUAUUAUUAGUUGAUUAGUUUUCUAAGCAAUUUCCGUAGGUCCAAAAUCUUUGUAUCUUCAAAUAUUUUUUUGUUUGUUUUAGGGCGAAGUAGGAAAAGGACUCAAGCUAAUCCAAGAAGCAAUUGAUUUGAGGAAGGAGCUUGGAGUGCGUCUGUAUGUAGCUGCAGGUUACUGUGAUCUUGGAAGUGAGUAUCUACUUCUUCCAUUAUGACUUCUGUGAUUGAAUUUUAUCAAAUUUGUAACAUAGUGGAAUGCCACCGUUGAUCAACCGCUACGUAGUAUUAGAACUGUAUUUUUACAUGGCCUUGAAGCCACAAAUGCAAUAAUUGACCACAAAGUCAUAAAGCCCACAAAUGUAAUAAAAAUGGACCACAAAUGUAAAAAUGCACUCAAAUGUAAUACAAAUUGACCACAAAUGUAAUAAAACCGGCAAAUGCUAUCCAAACUGUAUAUACUCGAAAGAACGGUGUCCUCAAUAUAAGAAGGACAAAAAUAAGCGCCGCGGAGCUCUUUCGAAGAACACAAUAUCCUAUUGCAAUUAAUCGAAAGAGCGCCACCCCAAUUAAACUUGGCGUGUUUUAAUCGAAAAUCAAUAAGCGCAGCGGCGCUCUCAAAAAAUACAAUGAUUUACUGCAUUAAUAAUCGAAAGGGCGCCGACCUCAAGUAUGAGUCGCACAUGAGAAGAAGAAAAAUAAACACCUCGCAUUCAAGCUUUUUAAGCGAGAGUACCGCAUUUCCCAGCAAUAAAGCAACGCUUAAUAAUUUUUGUUAUCAAGCCUUUUAAUAUGUCGGGAGCCGAAUGUAUUAAUUAUUACUGCUGAUGUAAGCUUGAAGCAUACUGAUGUAAGCUUAAACCUUGUUUUGUUUUAAACUCUCAUUUCUUCUAAACAGUAUGGUAUUUAAAAAAGUGAUGAAAAUAAAUAUUUCUAAAACAGAGUUCAUACUUUGUUUAAUGACCCAAUAAAUGAUCUAACCUGAGAUCAGGCCCAAUUUUAGCGGUUCUUAUACAUUCUCUCUAACUGCUACCGCUAAAAUUGGGCCUGAUACAAACUCUCUCACGUUUGUGCUCGUUACGGCCAGAUUUUGGCCGUAACGCUGAUUGGCUGUUGGAACAAUGCCACAAGAUCUAAUUGGCUGUCGGAAACGCCGGAAGUUGAAAGCGCUUAUUCCCCGCAUGGUUGUUUUCGUGAAUGAUCGGCAGUCGGCGGAGAGAAGGAUCGAUUUUGCUUUUUUUAUUGUUUUAUGGUCUUAUGGUAGGAAAAUAUUCCUUAAUAUGUGCCAUAGAAAUUCAGAAAAUUCAUAUUUUUGAUUCAUGAAAAUAUUAAGGAAACAGAAAAAUAGAAAUUUCAGUAUUUUAAAUUCGAGCGCGCCUAGCUAAAAUAACAAAACUAGUAGAACAUCGUGUUGCCGUCUUUUUGAAAACUUUUUAUCUUCUACGCCAACAGAAAUAACCUUUGAGAUUUCCUUUAUUCUCGCAAGAAGUUAAAUGUGAUUGUGCUGACUGCUUUAUUUUUAUCUGAAAAAAUCAGAAGAUAAAAGCUAUUUUUUAAGUCAGCCAGUCUGCAUUUUUCCCACGCAUGGAAAAUUUGCGUACUAGAAAAACAAGCAACGGAAGCAAUUUUGGUUGGCUGAUUCGGCAAAUGUCAAUCAAUCAAAAAAGUAGGCGGAAGACGUUUCGUAGAAGGUUCGUAUCAGGCUCUGUUUUCGUUUCGCCUUGCCCGCCGAAAUGUUAUUACAAAGGGAAACGAAAAUUGAGCCUGAUCUCAGGUUAUAAAUGAUCAAAAUCUAUUACCAAAGUUCAAUUACAAGGUCUGCAAGGUUCCGUAUUAAACUUCAGUCAAUGAAAAGUCGCUCACACCAAACUGUAAAAAAAUCGGAAAUAGCAAAGAAAACGAGAAACAUCUGUAGAAUGUUUUUCGAAAGAGCGCUGCGGCGCUUAUUGGUUUUCGUAUUCUAAGGUACCAAGGUGAUUUGAGGGCGGUGCUCUUUUGAUUAAAUGCAAUAGAAUUUUGUUUUCGAUUUUCGAAAGAGGGCUGCGGUGCUUACUUUUGUCCGAUUUGAAUUGAAUUUGUAACCUUAUCGACAGUCUACCGUUUUUUGUGCGAAAUUGGGUAUGCUGUACAUAAAUGAAAACGCGAACCGCUGUGCACAGCUGAGUCGAUCCUCAUAAUAUAGUUUCACUUCUAUUUGUCUUUCCUUCGGACAUCUGGUGCAAAAUAAACAAAUUGUUAAAGUGUUUUCCUUGAAUAUCAACUAACCAAACGUUGCUUAUGGAGGGAAGACUCCAAGGUUUCUUCAUGGUUUCUUAAGAUAGUAAAGUUCAUCGAAUACCGAAUAACUACGAAAUGCCACGAUUUUCAUCAUCGGUGUAGAUAGUUGCGUCAUCAUUAUUCACGAGGUUGUUACGUGCGAUUCUACUUAAUGAAACAGUCUUUAACUCUGACGACUUAUUAGUUUAUUGCUUCUUAAAAGAAAAUAGCCUUUACUUAAGGCACUAGUUAACAAAACUAAGGAGGUCUUCAUACGUUCAAGGUACUAUAAAUUAUUACUGUGAAAAGCCACUCUGCACGAGAUGUACAGUCACACAGUUUGUACGUGAAAGUGUUGGACUUUGUCCCUUUCGUGGUUCGUACCUGAGGAAAAUUUGAGUUGUCACAAAGUAACCCAGUAAGCAGAAUUAUAAUAAUAACUCAUACACACAAUUUGCACGUUAAUAUGUUGGACUUUGUUCCCUUUUACUACCGAAAUAUAUUUCUUCUCAUAUCAUGUUAUUCCACGUAAUGAAACAAUAUCUAAUUAUUUUGUCAACUAGCUUCUUCCAAUUUUAUUGAGGUAUUUUGAAAAAAUAGCUCAUAUGUCAGUGGUUUGAGCUUAUGUAUCUUUGUGGCUUUGUGUGUUCGGAUUUUUGUUGCAAGAGCCAAUAAGGUUGAAGGUACUAUAAGUUGAUGCGUAGGAACCAAUGCGAUUUUGGUAUCUAACCGUUAAUGACCUUGCUUAAGGUCAAACAAGGGCACUUUGAAUGUCAUCUUGAUUCUUCACAAUUUUUCGUCUUUUAUUACGGCUAAAGGUGUUUAGAAGCAUAACAUUGAAAUAUCUUUAUGAUUCAAACGCUGAGUACACUGAUGGAGCUGUUGAAGGGUCCAUAUUUUAGUGUGGAUGCUGCUUCAAGACAUUUCUGACCUAAUUCGGCAAUCGCGAACGUUACAACGCACGUAUUUCAUAAUUUAUGAGGUCUGUUUCACCUGCUUCAAGGUAGAGUGUAAAAGAUCAUUUAUUUUUUCAAAGUUCCUCCAAUGAAACAAUAACUGAAAUUUCGAUAUGGACUCUAAUUCUGGAGUAUGCGGCCUAUAAAUUGUGGUUUUAGAAGUUUGAAAGGCAAGGGGCGUAUUCUUAAUCCUGUAAACAAGCUUAUUCUCUCGCUUACAAAGUUCAACAGACCUUUUUCGUACCAGCCAAAAAACACAUGAAUUAGGUGAACAACAUGAAACAGGCUUGUUGCUUGAGAGUCAUUAUAGUUAUUGAAACGUUUUUAUUUAGUAAAGAUACGCAAUUUAAGUAGAAACAGUAACGUCAGGGAAUUAAAUGGGAAGAAGCUGAACAUGAUAUGAGUAGAAAUAUAUUUCGCCAGUUUGAUAAUUUUCUUGAAAGGGAAUAGAUGUUAGGCUAUCAACCUUAACGUUGCAUAAAGCAUAAUUUAAUUGCAGAUAUUGUAAAGCCGGGGUGAUUUCUUAACAUCGUUUGAGCAACUUUUCUAGCAAACAAUUUACGUUUUUUUUACGUACGAAUUGUAAAAGGGACCAAGUCCAACACCUUCACGUGCAAAUUGUGUGCAUGAGUUAUUUUUAUUAUUCUAUUUAGUGAAUUACUUAUCUUGGGGAUUUACUAGGAUUCUUUUUGGUGAGACAUGUUUUCGGGAAAACAUUUAGCACGAUCAAAUUAUUUUGAAGGAAGAGCAGAUGGGAAAUGAAACUUCUGGAAAACAUCCUUGUCUUUGUUUCAGCUAUAUUUGAAUUAUAUUAAAAAUUGUGGAGGAGGGAAAUUAAGAAUGAGGAGGAGGUAGGAAAAGAUCAAAAUUGUGGAGAAAGAGGGAACUCAAGAAUGAGGAGUGAAAAUAACAAAAUUGUGGAGGAAGGAACAAAAGAAGAAAAAAUUGAGGAGCGAAAAUAAUAAAAUUGUGGAAGAGAAGAAAAAUAAAAAUGCAAAGGGAGAGGGGUAAGUAAAACAUUCUGCGCAGUGUUAAAAAAAAAAAAAGACAACUUGCCUUUUUUGACUAUUUUAAUAGACUCUUUAAUCUUAUCUUUUUGUAAUUAUUUUAAUAAAGGGUGAUAAAGUUGAUUUCUUGUGUUUUAAGAAACGUGUCCCUGGUUUUAUUACGAGUGUUCAUUGAUUAGUUGCGUGUCUCAAUUGAUCUUUGUUAAAUUAUUAACUGUUUUCGUUUGUGUGUGUGUUUUUACAAUAAUACUACAGAGCUGAACUAAUUUGUAUGCAACGGUGGGCUUGUUAACUCACAUAAUUAACUGAAUAACGGUGCGUGAAACGCUGAGACUUUAGUAGUUAGUCGUUUCCUCGAGAUAGAAAGGAGAAAACGGUUUUGUAAUAGGCAAACAAACUUGAAAUAAAGAGUUUUCAGCUCCACUUUGUGUAUGUGUGUGUGUUUGUUUAUAUAUCCCAGUUUUAGCGCUAAAUAAGAAGACAUAAGCUAAAUUGAAAUACAGACUUUUCAUCACCACUUUGUGUAUGUAUUUUGUUUAUGUAAGGUAUUUUUUAGCGCUAAAUAGAAGACAUAAGCCGUUUCUCGCGUUGCUAGGCGAUCGCCCCUCUUAUUCCUAUUUUUUAAAUAGACGUUCCGGUAAACAGGGCUCAAGUUACUUAACGGGCAAGUCCAGCAAGCCUAUUGUUCCUAUUGUGCUCUUCGAUGUGAAAAGAAACGACUAUCCACUUAAUUAUAUAUGGAGGAGGGCGCUUAAUUAUAUAUGGAGGAAGACAGUUAUUAGAAUGAGGGAAGACCCUCAUUGCACCUUUUGCUGUUCAUUACGAGAAAAUACGCAAUCAUUUGCGUAAAACCGCGACCAAUAGCGCGAAGAUACAUUCAUUAGCGCGAAAAAGCGAACAUUUGCGCAUAAAUCAGAUUCAAUAACGAUUUUUGCAUUUUAAUCAACAUUCAAUAACACUUUUGGGCAUUCAUAUGGGUCAUUGGGCAUACAAAAGAGAAAAAUAUACUUUCAUUAACGCCAACAUCAAAGUCAUUAACACCAUCUUGACAGUCAAUAGGGACAACUGACUUACAUUAAAGUGCAAGCACUAUUCAUUAACAUUUUUAGGACACUGUUUACAAUUCAAUAGCAUUCCUGGACAACCUUAGGAUGGAUAAGACAAACAUUAAUGCGCUUGUACAAUCAAUUGAGUGUUCUUUACAUUUAAUAUGCAAAAAACGAUUUUCAAUUAAACAAUAGAAAUUCCCCUUAAAAUUGGCCUGAAUUUGUUUAAAGAAUAACGCCGUACUUCGCCACUGCUUGUUCGUCGACGGCUGCGGGUAUACAUUUUCCUUAGACGGCCAGAAAUCAUGGUGGGGCGCGACAGGGAGUGGAGGGCGUACCGCUAAGUGUGCGGCCAAAGAGGACGAAACUUGACUAUGACCAUGGCAAUAUCACCUAUUAAUGUUUUCGUCGGCAUCUACUAGAGUAAUGAAUACUGUGUCGGUUUUUUUUUCCGGCACGGGCGAGGAAAUAAUGGAUCCCGAUAAAUCGGUGGUCUUUGCGUAUGACGGGGUGCCAGCCCAGCUAGAUUUGGCCAUUCCCGCCCCACAUACACAGCUUAUGCUUUCCCCCUCGAUAUCGUUGAAAAGGAUUUAAGUUGUCUGAAAGCGACACCAAAGGCCGACAUCUCGAGUCCGGAAAUUUAAAGAUGUAUAACAGGAAUGAGGGCAAAGUCCUAGCAAUCCCGCUAGCGGAGUUCGGAAACAACAACUGCAGUGCUUGAAGCUCUGCGCAGAAACAUGACAUUGUGACCGCAGCUAAAUGUGCGAAGUGGUACCAUUUCAUACAAACCUACCUCCCAAAAUGUUUGAAUAGCGAGGUUUUUGAGGGAUAUACAUUUAACGGAGUGAAAUUCGGGCCAAUUUUGGGGGGAAUUUCUAUUGUUUAAUUGAAAAUCGUUUUUUGCAUAUUAAAUGUAAAGAACACUCAAUUGAUUGUACAAGCGCAUUAAUGUUUGUCUUAUCCAUCCUAAGGUUGUCCAGGAAUGCUAUUGAAUUGUAAACAGUGUCAUAAAAAUGUUAAUGAAUAGUGCUUGCACUUUAAUGUAUGUCAGUUGUCCCUAUUGACUUUCAAGAUGGUGUUAAUGACUUUGAUGUUGGCGUUAAUGAAAGUAUAUUUUUCUCUUUUGUAUGCCCAAUGACCCAUAUGAAUGCCCAAAAGUGUUAUUGAAUGUUGAUUAAAAUGCAAAAAUCGUUAUUGAAUCUGAUUUUUGCGCAAAUGUUCGCUUUUUCGCGCUAAUGAAUGUAUCUUCGCGCUAUUGGUCGCGGAUUUACGCAAAUGAUUGCGUAUUUUCUCGUAAUGAACAGCAAAAGGUGUAGUAUGGAGGAACGCACUUUCUCUCUAGGUUAUAACAAUGGGUGACGUCAUAGACUAUCCCUAAAGCGACUGUCCCUAAACUAUCCUUACCUAUCCACCACUGGGACUUAAUUCUAAUGAAACAUGACUACUCUCAGGCCCCUCAAGGUCGAUGGAAGAGGAUUUCUUCACCGAAAGUCAACUUUUGAUUUCUGGUUCGCCAGUCCAGAAAUCAAAAUGCCGCACAUGCGCAGAACGGUGCCACAGUCCCUUUAAGCUCAUUAAAAGUCAGUUUAAAAGGGUUGUAUUAUGGCAGUGUAGUUUAUUUUGUUUCCUUUCCUGAUUACUCGCCCUUAUUACUGGCAAUGACAACUUUACGUUAGCGAUGAAAUUUAUAGUACAGUAAAUGGUAAAAUAACAACGUCGUGAUCAACAAUUACGUCACCUGAAAGCGUUGUAUUGAAAAUUGGAAAUAACAUAGAUUAACUUUGAAAAACUGUUUGAACGUCAAGCUUUCAAAAACCCACUUGCAGUCCGUUUUGAGUUCUUCAGUUUUGCCCAUUCGUACCUUCGCUUGUAUUUCUGUGCUGUUACAAGUAUUUAAACCUCUCUUAAUUGUUUUAAGCGGUAUUUCAUAGUUUAUUUCUCGCUCAAUUUGUUGGCGGCAAGUUCCCGGUGGCUAAAUUCCGUAACACAGCUCUGACUUGUAAGCAAAUCCUGAAAUGUUUUUGUAAUCUUGUGCAGAAAAACGUUAAUUUUUAUUUUCUGUGGGAAACGAUUUUCCUUUACUUCAUAUUCCAGUGUAAUAUUCCACGUUCUGAGGGGAAACCCAUCGAUAACUCAGUGGGAAUAGUUCUUGUUUAGCACGUUCAAUCAUAGUCCUUAGACCAAAAUAUGUGUUUUUUAUGCUUCUGCCUCGGUUUCAACAACUCCAUGAAGAUUUUUUUGUCUCCUAAAGAUAAACUGAAAAAGAAGACGAUAAAGGACGAUGAAGACAUCAUCAAAGAUAAACGUAACAACAACGAAGGUAAGGUAUACCCCUUGCUACAUAUAUUGAAAGUAUUUGAUUGACAGGUACGUUGUCUCUACGAGGGGAAUGUAGCAGUAAACUAAGACAUUCAUUAUGUAUACCACAGGGAGGGGGGCAGAGGAUUUUUUUUGGAGGGGGAGUCUUUAAAUUUUUUGAAGAGAAAAGGGGGGCAUGAUAAAAACGUCUGAAGGUAGGAAGGGAGGAUGACAAUGUUUUUAGAUCUCAAUGAAAGAUUAAGUAUUUGUAACAUUAUUGAUAAAACCACUACGCAAGUGAAGUUCCUUAUUUUCUAGUUCAAUGAAGGAUGUUUUCAUUAUUAAUGCACUGCAAUGUCCUUUACUUUGUGCAGUAACCAGCUCUAUCUACAUUAUCAUUACCACCUUUACUUUUAUCCUGCUUUUAUUAAUAACGUCACAGAUUGUUUUCAUUCUCAUUAUCAUCAUCAUCAUCAUAAACAUUAUCAUCGUCAUCACCAUUAUCAUCAUCAAAAUUAACCCACCUUUCUCACUUUCAAAGCUUUUAAAGUUAUGAGUAAGUCUUCAGCUUCUUUGCUCACAAGAUUUAACUCAGGUUUCACAGCUUAGAAGGAAUGUAAAUGGUCAGUAAUAUUUUGUAUGUUGGCUCUGCAGUUAUGCUGAAAUCAGAAUGAUAUACUUGACCACAGGUCGAGCACGGUUCUAUAAUCAAAAGUGAUCAUAUGCAAAUUCCCAUAAGUUGGUGGCAAAUCUUUAGAAAACUUCUUUGAUUUACAUCAAGGAUGGAAUUUCUUAGGAUAGAAAUUUCUUACUAUUGCAGUGUCAUUUAUGGAUAUCGAACGAGGAAUACAAUGUCUUUUGAAAGCUUCCCUUUUAAUAAGCCACAAUCGGUAGCUGAGUGAGAAAAUUAUAUGCUUGUUUGAGUUACUGCGCUUGUCACAAACAUGCGAACUCUAAAAUUCAAAAGCCGCCUUCACAAUUGCGUUUUGCGCUGCCGUCAAUCAUAAGUACGAUCACAACCAACGAACCUUGAAACACAGAAACACACAAAACGGAUCGAAAUCCACCAAUCACAAACCAUGACCUUUUGAACACGUUAAAGUGAAGUUUUGUUUCCUAAGAGGUCCGUUAAGACGAUUGACGUCAGCGAAAAACGCAAUCGUCAGUUGAAUUGGCUUUUGAACUUCAGAAUUCGCAUGUUUGUGAAAAGCGCAGUAAAAGAUCACAUAGUUUUUGGUACGGAACCUGAAUCUUUCUGUGGAGUAGGCAAAGUGGCACUGAUUUCAGUAUAUUUUCUAUUUUAAACAUUUAUCUCCGCACUGUUUCAUCAUAUUACCCUUAUUUUACUUUCCUCGUCAAGACUGGGUUUGCGGGGGGGGGGGUUGUCAUUUCCUUCUUCUGGUCGAGAGGGGGGCGUCAAAAAAUUCUGUAUGAUGUGGGGGGAUAUGAAAAAAUUUUGCCCCUUUGAAACAUAUCCUUUUCCCCCUCCUUCCCCACCCCCCUUUGCAAUAUACGUUAUGAAUGCAGCCUAAGUACCCGCUUAAUGGCAGAGUCGUAGCUGGCAUGAGGCAAGACGAGGCAAGCGCUUCGUCUGGAUUCAAACAAGAUUGAAUUUUCUAAAAAUGCCAAAAAUACAAUGUGGUGUUUCAAAGCCUCUCUUCUUUACAAUUUUCUGCGUUAAAAGUCUGGCUACGUUCCUGGAUCGUGGCAUAAAUCUUGAAUUUUCUAUACUUCGAAGUAAACUCUUAAUCUUUAAAGAAACAAUCACCGUGCGGUAAUCUUGGCUUUUUAACUGCUGCAAGAACGAUAAGCGAUUGCGUCUGAAGACUAGCUUACUUAACAUCAGUAUGAAACCUGAUGUCACCUCUAAUUUGUUAAACCAAUUCUUUUGUUACUUUCAGAUUUGAUUCCAGCCUUUGUGCGAGCUAGAGGAGAAAAGGCACUUGCUGCUUAUCACAGGGCCCUUGAGACUGGUGGUAGCACAUAUGAUAAACGUGUCAAGGUUUUGCUCGUAGGGCAAGACCGUGUGGGGAAAACGAGCCUCGGUAAAGCUCUAAGAGGUGAACCUUUUGAUGAAGCCGAACUCAGUACUGAUGGAGUGCAAAUGAUCCCUGCUGUCAAAAAUGCUGGAACAGGCGCGUGGAGAAAUCCAGCCUCUCUAGAACACACAACAGUAUUUGAUCAUAAGGUUGCUGCAAAGACCGCUGAGGAUUUAUUAAGCAAACGUUCGGAGCAGCCAGCAAAGAAACAACCAAGAACUGUAGCGUCUAACAAAACAGAUCAGUUACUUGUUGAAGAUGGCAAGUCCUAAACACAUUUGCUUAAUUUUAUUUUUCCCCUUCUGUGAUGAUUGUUAAAAAGAGCCCUGAGCUCGAGGUUGUUUGUUAAAACAUAGUUAUUAGAGGAGACUGGUUAUGAAAAGCGGCAAACAUCAAUGAUAAAAACAACAGUGCUGCAGUUUAUGUUGGAAGUACCGUGAAAGUGCACAAUCCUUUGUUUUCUGUUGGCAAAUUGUUACGGAAUAAAUUAAUGCAACGUUUUUAUUGGUCAAUACAAUCAAAAUGAUAGGAAUUCUUUUGAACGUUGUGCACUUUCAGGUCCACAAAAACAUAUAACAAAGGAGUCUGACGGGUUUCAUAACCAUUCCACUCAAUUAACUAUGGUUAAAAGUUCUGGAGCUCAUUGGUUUACGAUAAAGAUUUAAAUUUUCUUUGAAGAAAAGAAGAAAAGAACACGUCAUUCAAUUUGCUUAAACGGGGUAGAAGUAUCCGGAAGAAACACUUUUUCUACGACACAAAAUUAAGGCAAUCGUGGGCAAAACAACAAAACAUAUACAGCGUUUGUAUGGGCAAAAAAUCGGGACUUAGAAAACUGGCCGCUUAAUACAUGGCCGCCAUAUACAGUUUUCUAGGGAACAGAUGAAAGUCACUGAAGGGAAAAAGUUUCUUGAAAUUAAAUGGUUCUGAAAAAUCAAAAAACCCGGCAGCCUUUGGGUUGGUGGCAUUAACCCCUUCCCCUUGUUCUCCCCUGGGAUUGGCUAAUUAAACACGAAUUGACUUUCAUCUUUUUAAGUUGAUGGAAUUUCAUCUAGUCCCGCAACAGAGUACUAAAAAAAUAGACGGAACGUAUGAAGAGAACCAGGUAGUAGACUCAUAGGCCAUCAGAGGAAAUCUAUCUCUCUGACUUCCGAUCCUUCAAGAGCGAAGGUGAAUAAUCUCUGAGUGUUGUACAGGCUAAACGUUUCAACACUAAUUUCGUACAUUCCACGCUUUUUGUUUUCCUAUAACCACACAGAAAACCCGAUUUCGUCAAAAGCAGAUGAAGGAAAAACUCAACUCCCCCAACAGAAAGAAGCUUCUAGAGAGGUCAAGGAAAACCAGGCCCAGAAAAAUCGUAAGUAAAAACAGACGGAACGCAUAGAGAGAACAAGGUAGUAGAUUUAUUGGCCAUGAGAGGAAAUCCAUCUCUCUGACUCAGCUUCCGAUAUUUCAGGCUUAAAGUUGGGUAAUUUUCUUAGCGUGGAUCAGUCUAUCUAUUUCAACACUAAUUUCUCUCAUUACCUUUUAUUUCUAUUCCCACACAGAAAUUCCGAUUUUUUCAGAGGCUGAUGAAGGAAAAUUUCAACUCCGCCAACAGGAAGAAGUUCCGAGUGAGGUCAAGGAAAACCAGGCCCAGAAAAGUCGUAAGUUAACGCCUUCUGCUAUGUACACCUUUUACAGCAUCUUCAGCCCCUUUGGAACAUGAUCCGCAUGAUCCAUCAAAAUCAAAAAUGUGACAAAUCAAAUGAUAGCUACCAAGCAAAACUAUUUGAUGUGAUGUUAUUUGUUAUGCAGUACCAAAUGGUUCUUCCAUUUGUGUCUGUGGAUAAAAUCCUAAAAUAACGCAAAGUUCCGAUAGUAAAUCGAUGCCUGCUCCUGAGUAAAUCCUGAAAAUAACUAUUCCGGGAAAGAAUGGCGAUUGAUUCUUUUCUUUUGUUCUUAUUAACAGAAACUGGAAGAAUUGCUUCCGCGCCUACACCAACAAAUGAAUGCAAACAAUACGAACGUUUCUCUUUACUUACAACUUAAACUGGGCUCGGAAUCUUUAAUAUAUGUGGCCGCGGCUAAUCCAGACUUCGCUAGGUUUAUUUGUUUCUUGUCGUUAACUGUAUUUCAGAGUGGUAAAAUACUGUCUCUAAUCGCCUCUUUUUCUAAAUCACUCCUCACACAACUUUCUGUAGCCGGUAAUUAAACGAAUACCCUUCGUAAACAAUUAGAAGGCAAACUCAGCCUCCUCCUCAGGCGCUUCGUUUUUCGCAUGGUUUCGAAUAGAGGCAAGCGCAAAAGGCGAAUGACUGGUAACGAAGCGCAAGGGACCAUGGGAGGGGUAAAGAAUGGUGGCGAAGCCCGUUUUCUCCUUCCUGGCUUCCUUUGCGCGCAAAUUUUCAUCGAGACAGAGACGUCUGGGUACGAGGCAGAGGCAACCUCGAGAUUUUAUCAGCAGGUAGGAUAGAAAAACAAGAGUAAACUUAAGCUCCUCUUUAUUUUAUCACAAAUAUAAGAAGCACUUACUAGUGAGUUCAACAAGUAUUUUUUGGUGGGGACCUAUGUUUCUGUCAGGCAAUCGCUGAAAGGCUGGAUUUGCAUUAGCGUGAAUACUAGGAGAGUUUCACUAAUAACACAGAAAAGUAUUCUUUUUUGUUUCAGAAGACCAAGACCUUGAAAAUCAAGCGAAGCCAUCUGGCGUUCCAGAUGAAAUUGCCAUAAUAGUAGAGCAACAGCUCGAGAAAAAUGAAGCUGACACUGAUGAAAAAAAUUGGCCCAUCAUUUGGGAUUUUGCUGGACAGGACAUCUAUCGUGCUAUACAUCCGAUCUUUAUGUCCUCAGAUGACAUUUAUCUUCUCGCGUUUGACCUUACAAAGAAAUUAAGUGAAAAAGCAGAAUGUCGAGUCAAUAUUGGGCACAAAGAGCUCACUGCAACAGCCCGCGAUAGUGAGGAUACCAAUUUGGAUCACUUAUUUAGGUGGAUGGACUUGAUUCACUCUUUAAAGAAUUUUCAGAGGGAUGGUCUUUCGUAUCCUCCAGUCAUACUUGUCGGUACCCAUGCUGACCGUGUAGACGAUCCACGUAAAGCAAUUGAAUCUGUAGUAGAUAAGAAGUGUUUAAAAGUGUUCGAUGAAUACACUUAUUUACUACACAUCGCAGAUUAUCGUCCGAUUGAUAACACAAAAUCUGGAAAGUCAACCGACCAGGAAGAAAUCAUUGAGUUGCGAAAAAAGAUCUUGGAGUUGGCUGAUAAAAUGCCUCAUACCAAGAAAAAAAUCCCUUUGCAAUGGCAUCGUGUUGAAAAAGAAAUUUGCCAACCGGACUGGCAACAUGAAAAGUAUCUUCUACUGGAAUCGUUUCGAGAAAAGAUUGUUUCACGUUACUGCACGUUUGAGGAUGAGGACGACUUUGAUGAGCUUGUGGAUUUUUUGCAUGACCGUGGAACAAUAGUGUACCAUAAGUAUGAACAUGAUAAAAAGAAAGGUCUGAUUGUCUUGAAUCCCCAGUGGUUAAUCAAUGUACUCUGUGAGAUUAUCAAAGUGCAACCAGAUGAUAAGGAACUGGUGUGGAUAAGAAAAGAUCGCGAGAAAUUGGCGGAAGAAGGAGUCCUCCGUGAACGAUUAAUUGAUCAUACCUGUAGCAAAGAAAAAGUGGGUCUUAUCAAAGACUCUUUGAUUUCUUUGAUGGAUAAGUUCAACCUCAUUUGCAAGUGGCCAGAGAAAGCAGAAGAGACAAACACAGAAGAAUCACAGAUCCUAGUCCCCUGUAUGUUGAAUACCUUUUAUAAGGAAAAGAAAGAAUUAGGAAACGCUGCACCGAUUUACGUCACUUUUCAAACUAAAUACGUGCCAUAUGGACUGUUCUCCCGACUGGUUGUGCUGUUUGUAAAAUCUCCUCAGUUUAAACAGAUGUACAGGCUGUGCGCUAAUGAAGCCAGAAUUCCCUUGGACAAUGAGAGCUAUGUUCUUCAAUUGUUGUGCUACAAGGCAGUCAUUAAGCUGCAAAUUUUUGCAGACCAUGGUGGCACUCCUCCACAAAAGCUUUAUGAUGACGUUUUGAGGUAAGCACUCGUGAGCUAAUUAAAUCCGAAACUUUUUUUCGCUCUGUCUGUCUUCACCCAGGUGUAUAAAUGGGUAGCGGCGGCAUACUGCCCGGGGGAACCCUACGAUGAACUAGCAUCCCGUCCAGGAGAGAGAAGAAACAUUUUUUUGUAGCUUCAUUCUACUGAAACUGAGAUGAGCUGCGGCCUGAUGGGCUACUUGGCUCGGAAUCAGAAGUUACCGUUUAUCUUUUACUCAUAAUCUUAGUCAUAAGUAAAUUUGCUGCGGUUGCAUGCGUGCCUGUUGAACAUUACAAUGAGAAAGUCAACCAAGAAAUAAGUAAGACAUUUUGCCAGACAAAGAGCGAAUAGCGAUUGUUACGAAACGUUAAGUUGAUCUUCAAAAAGAAAUUUUGUUACUUUUGUAAUCAAGAUGUAAGUAGGUUGAGCAUGAGCAGUCCUGAAUAGGACUGUUGUUGGCGGUGACUGACGUUUGGACAAACUGUGCAGUAGUCAUCGUAAGAGUCAAAGUGAAAAGUAUCGCGUCAGUUGAUGGUAUUUAAGUCUGGUUAUUGACCUGACUGAUCAAUUAAGUCGCGAUGCUAUUGGCCGUCUGUCAGUUAAGCUGUGAGGUUAUUGGCUAUGAAGACUCGUAAUGUCAUUGGUGCGUUUUGAUUCGUCUAUUGUCACAGUUAAACCCCCCUUUUAUUGUUGGUCAAAUGGUCAGUUAUUGCUAGUCUUAUUGUAGCAACAACAGCUACAACUAUACGGACUUUGACGAGACGAGCCCAACUAGUUUGCGACUCGCCUGACAGCCUACAAGACAAGACUGACUUCCUAAACAACCUUUUUAGUAAAAACAACUUCAACGUGGACGAUCAUGCUCAUCCUACUUAUGAAAUGACUCCUGGGUUCAAACCUUCCCCAAAGGUAGGCCCAUGUAUAUAUUAUACAGUAUAUUUUACGUAGAAGUCGUAAAAAACGUAAAACUAGCUCGAUUACUUUGAUCACCGCUAAAACAAUAAACAGUGCAAUCGAAACCGUACUACAUAAUACUAAGGGUAACUGAGGUAUACACAACGGUACAUGGGGCUUUAAAGCAAAGUAUAACUUUAGUAUUAGGUAUUACUGCACUGUGUGUGUGUUUUGUUUUCCUUUUUUUUCUUUCUUCUGUUUUUCAUGUAUCUCCUGUCAAGUCCGCUGUUGAAUGCCCCUUGGGCGAUCACAAUGAUAGAGUAAAUUUUGUGAAAGAUCGCGUACAUGAGAGAGCUUGCUUUUCUGUUCAAUUAGGAUCAGCUCACUUUUGAAGCUCUAAAAAGUCUUGGAAUUUUUUUAAGAUAAGAGUCCUUCAAGUGAGUCAGAAAGAAGCUAAACUGCUCGGUUUACUAAUCUUCCUUUCCCUUGUUGAACACUCUUUUCCCUUUUUUGUAGCCAGUUGAAUGAAUUCUUGGAAAAGCUACGAAAGGAGUGUCACUGGUUGCGUUCAAUGUCUGGGAAGUUGUGCGCUCGAUGCACGGUUUGUAUGGGAAAUGAGACAAAGCCCUGCGCCCGGCACAAUGAAAGUUCAUGUAGGCAUCGUGACUGUGGCCAUUACAUACCUUUGGGCGGUGAAUACUUUUGUUCUAAUUCGGGUCUAAUGCUGGAAAUAGAACCGCUCGUACCUUGGAUUAGGGCCAAUGAACACGUGUCAAAGGUGCGUUAUGUACUUUCUACUAAUAGCAUCACUGCUAUGGCUAUGUAAUUGAGAGGGUACGGAGAGAGGAUUACCCCUCUUUCUCGCUCCGCAGGGAUGGGUAGGAGAGAACCCUGGGAACGAGUUUGCUAGGUUACACGCGCAAAAAAUAUCAGAACAUCUUCGGUGUAUACUCAACUGUUGAAAGUAUUAUCUAAAAUCUUUUUUUUGCACAAGAAGUGGUAUGGGGGGGGGGAAGGCACAAGGCUCCCUUGACUCCUCCCCUGUUUUUGGUCCUUGAGUAAUGAUUGCAGAAGUUUAUUUCCCCGUGUAUGACUAUACAUGCGAAACUGUUAUCAUAUAAUGAAACCAGGGGGAGGGAGGAGGUAUCUAAAGGAAAUCGAUGGUCCAGUCCUCCUGCCAGCAUGACGUCACGUCUCGCGUCAGUGAUUUUCAAAAUGACGAGCAAAGUGUUCAUCGAAGAGACUUAAAAAUUUCGAAUUUAUCACGGAAAUACUGUUCCGAUUUCUUGGAUUUGGCGAUAUUACGGUCCCUAUUGUCAUAGAAAUCCAGACCUUGGUACUUUUUUGGAAUGAAACGUCCAAUGGUGUGAUAAUUUUAAAGAUCCCUUUCUAUCGUCCAGCAAAUUUUCCGAACAUUCAUAUCGACCGGUCACACUUUUAAGGGCCGGUGCACAGCAACAUUGAGGAAUUUAGACAGAAAAAGGAGGUUCAUCAAAGGAUAUACUCGGCUUUAAGUGUGCGUAUUUUUAGCUCUUAAGAGCCAAUGGAUCCCCGUAUAAAUCCCUUUAAACUUUGCUUUCCGCACCAAACUUUAUACUACCAUACACAUUUUUACAAUUAACUACAGCACACUGUUUUCGCCACACAACACGAUAACAAACGGCAAAACAACCACAGCAACAAUUUUCCUCGAAGGAUUAAGCAGCAAGCAACAAUUUUUAAGCAGUUAAAGACAAAUCCAAACUACCAAACAAUCAAUUUUUCUAAAAGCCAAUUACAGCGUAAAAGCGCUAUAAGCAAACCACACAAGAAACCAAGUUACUGCUUCAGAAAUACGUUACCGCAAAAACUUCGCAAAGCUGUAAAGGGUCAGCAGUAAGAAAAAAGGUAAACAAGCCUAAAGGAAAAAAUGGGAUUAAAAAACAAAGACUAAACAGAAAAAAAUCCGGUACAAAGGAACAGAAACCAGCUCGCCGGGAGUCGAACCUAGUUCAUCUGCACGUGCAAGCAACUCCUUAACCACUGCACCACAGUGCCACUCAUGUUUUUAUGGGUUAAUUUUGUUAUAUUAAAACCAUUUUUCUCUGCCAUAAACGCUGUUUGAAGCUGGAGGAGCUGUAUGUAUCAUGAAUUUAAACAUACAUUUGAGGAAAAUUAGCUUAAGCGCGUUUUUCAACACUAUUUCGCCUUAUUUCGGGUUCAACGGGCCGAUUGAUGUAGAUAAUUGAUCAAACUAGCUUUACUAAAUUUGGUGGAAAUUAGGAAAUAAACAGAGGCCCACACUCAAAAGGAUUGAUAUGAACUACGGUCGAUUUAAUCAGCGAAAGAAUACAUAGAAUAUAAACGUGUGUGAUUCCUGAAUCGAACCUCCUAUUCUGGAGAACUAGACGUAGCCUAUUCGAGAGUGAAAAGGAACUAAUUUGUGAGGGCCUUGCUGGUCCCGUAAAGCAAAUGGCGAUCCCAUUCCCUUGUAAUUACCUUAAGGAGUUUAUCGUGUGGAAAUAAAGUUAGCUUAUCUGGUUUCUUUUUCUUAAGUGCACAACGCGGGCACGUUCCCUCGGCCCUAUCAUCUUUUUCCUUUCUCCCAUUUCCCUUCUUCCUGUGCGUCUCGGCCACGAUCGGCGUGUGCAUUAAUCAAUUAAGUGAGCAUCCCGAGAAGCAAAACAAGUGCAGUACAGCUGUAUGGUAAAGACACUCGACAGUAGUUUGUAGGCUGGUGGAGGUAGAAAACGAAACUGUUGCACUUUUCUUCCCUUCCCGCUCUGAGCUUGUUUCCAUAAUAACCCACAUCUGGGGUGUUGACUCGGGCCGUUUAUGGCCCAAUGGCAAGUGAUAAUAGUAACAGAAAACAACAAAUUAAACAAACCAAGGUGUUGGGACUUGAAAGUAAUUGACUUCUAUAGGCACCCUUUUGCACAUCAGAGUAACCAAGAGAGGAUAAAGGGGACAGAGGAGGCAUCCCCCAUACACACCCUAUUCCAUAGGUAAUUCGUCUCGAGUUAUUUUUAGAAUCGGGAUAAAGUUACUUCGCGCGCUGCGUAGAUGUUUCGUGGAGGUUUCGCAUGACUAAACGCCGUGCAAAACAUGUCGGGCGAAAGGCAAUGAAAGCGUGAAGAGAUCGAGAGCAUUUCUGAACAUUGAAGCGAAAUGAGUCGGCGCUCACCUGGGAAAAGGGAAUCGCUGGACUCUUUGACAACCCGUGAAAUCAGUUUAACUCGAAGUUGUCGUAACCUCAGUGCUUUAAUAAAAUGAGAAAUUUCGCCGGUCUAUUGAAACCGGUCGUUUGUACAAUAAAGCAAGUAGGACGCCAAGUGUUAUUUUUGUUGAAUAAUAAAAGACUAAUGAAAGAAUAAAUAUCAAACCAGAAAUUGCUCUCUUCAAACUGUAAAUUAUAAAUGAUCCUGAGAGAAUAUUCAGUGUGUUAAGGAUUUCCCUGCUGUACUGUUAGCUCUAUACAAGAGAGGAAGGGCGAUUCUUUUUUAAUUUCCAUUUCGCUGACACCGCUUUAGUAGAAAUCUCUCUUUAGUCGUUUUCGUCGACAAAACGAAUAGCAAUAUCGCUCUCCGCGUCUUCCGCCAUUUUUUUCAGCGUCAAUUCGUGAAGGACGCGUGGCUCUGAGCGUGGGUCAUCCACGCGGAACACAUUCGCGCUAUGUGAUUGGCUGUUGUCUAAUCCCCCUUGGGGUCUGUGGUCUUAAAAAUAACUCGAGACAAAUUACCUAUGGAAUAGGGUGUGUAUUGGGGAUGCCUUCUCUGUUCCCUUUAUCCUCUCUUGGAGUCAAUUAUUUCAAAAGGGAACAGAAACCUACACUUUCGGACAAUUCAAAUUUGGAUAUAUCAAACUAUAUUUUUGAUAGGGUAUGGAAUUUUUUUUUCUUUGCAGAAAUUAAAUGUUUCCAGCGCGCAUCUAAAGUCGCAUGAUGAAUCGUGGUCAUUACAAGGUAAGCUGAAACGUUCGUUAACAAAAGGUGGAUUACAUCAAGCCUUUUAACUCUAUCCUUAACCUUUUGUCAUUCAGUAAGUUACAGUAGUUGAUCUGAUCCGAUCCAGGUUUGGUUAACCCCAGCUGUAACAAUUAAUUGAGGAAUCUUGAUUGUGCAAGGCCACCAGGCUUCGCAGCAAACUGGCUUAGGCUGCGUGCGUCAACAGUCUAAGUUGCCUGUGCCCGAAGCCAGUAGCUUUUGUCAAUUUUUUAGCUUUUUUAGCCUGCGAGCAAGCUCUCCUGGGCGCUCUGGUGUCUGAGCUCCCAGGAGAGCUUGCUCUCGGGCUAGAGCUCUUUUGAAGAAACUACUCAUAUGUCAGCAGUCUGCUGUGUGCAUGCAUUUUGGUAUCUUUUCAUUUCUCUGUUUGGAUGUGUGUUGCGGGGUGAUUGGACCAAUAAGGUUGAAGAUAGUAUAGUCGAUAAGUAAGGUCCUGUACAGUACCGUAAAUGAUCCCCAACCGCAAAGGAUCCCGAGACCGCAAAUGAUCUCCAAAAUGGACCGCAAAUGAUCCUCGACCGCAAGUGAUCCCCAAAGUUGACCGCAAAUGAUCCCGAGAAAACUUGAGGAAUGGAAUGGAUUUUAUGGGACUGAUUACAAAAAAGGACCGAUUAUAAAAAAGGAACCUUUUUCUUGCACCUUCUAAAGAAAAAGGGAAGGAGGACGCUACAUCGCAGGUCAAUUUAUACAAGGUGAAUAAAAAAAAGUAGAAUAAAUCUGAAAAGGAUAUGGUAUCAACCGUAUACUUCUUCCUUUGUCAAUUGCUUCAAUUUUCUUUCAAGAACUGUUUCGUCGCUGAAAAUUUAAGACAGGCAGGACGUUACGCAGAAACAACUCUAUUAUUUUAACGCCCAAGCUCAACUUGUCUACUGAGGAAUACAAAGCCGGGCACCCUCUACAUAUCAAGAGCUUUAUGGGUUUUACUGAUCUUUUUAGAAGUGUCGAAUUAAUUUUCAGAAUAUUUGGUUUUGAUUUUUCUCUCAAGUGUUAAUUUUACGUGAUGAACAGCAAGCCAUUGGUUCGUAACUUAGGAGUGCCCCAGGCCUGGGAGUGCCUGUUACCAAACAAGACAUGAUUUGAAAUAAACACACGUUAAAAUACCCCCGAACUUAUCAAUGUCCACAGGUUUCGGUUUAUUUCGAAAGAGCAACUUGCUUACAGCUCAUGAACAUGUUGUGAAUAGUUAUAUUGACGCUUAUGUGUAUAUCCAUUUGUUGUGCCUUUGCAGGAGACAGUUACCAGGAAUCUAAACCUGGUAAUGAGAAACGCAAAAGCGAGGCAAGCGGUAGUUAUCGCGUGACAAAACAUCGUAGGAACCGUCACAUUAACAGACUAAAAGAAAGUGACUCAUAAUUAUUCGGAUCCAGGAGGCGCUUUGAAAGUCUAAGUGAAAGUCUAAACUGAGCCGUGCCGUUGAUCAAAAUUAACCCGGUUAAACGUUUUUGACCAGGUUACGUUCUGAAGAAUUUUUUUACCGGGUUUUCAAAAACUAACUCGGUUAACUUGCCAAGUGCGUCCGCAACCAGAGUCUUCGUGGCUUUUUGAUUUUCAUCGUCGAGCCCGUAACAUUAAAAUAGGGGCUGCGUUUGGAAAUUGAUUGGCGCCAAAAAAGGGCAAACUUUUCAGUUUAAUUUAUUUCUUUGGGUCAUUCUAGGUAUAUUACAUUCCGCAUAAUUAUGUCAUUGCGCAAGCCAUGCCAUUCUCCAAACUCAUUCCUCCUUUUACCCUCGCCGGUCUUGAACAAGGCGUUAAAGUAAAAGACAAGUUUCCUGCUUAAAAAAAUUUUCACAGGACGCGCGAAACAUCAAAUGCUUGAAAGGAAGGAGAAGCAAUUGCCAAUAGAAACAGUUCGGUUAUUUUCUUUUUAUUCAUUUCAUUGUUUUACACGUUGUUCAAGUUCUCAGCACAUUUACCAUCAAUGCCUAAAAUCUAUGUCAUUCCUCUACUUUUCACGGAAUCAUUUGCUGGUGACAACUGGGAUCAUUUACGGUCGAGGACCAUUUGCGGUGUGGGGAUCGUCUGCGGCUGCACGGGGAUCAUUUGCGGUACUGUACAGUGGGUGGCAUGUGUUGUCCAGGGUGAUUGGACCAAUAAGGUUGAAGAUAUUAUAGUUGCUAGAUGGUACUACCGAAUCGAAGAGAUUUUAGCAUCUAAAAGGGUUUUAAGAGCAAAAUACUUACGUAGCUUAGUGUUUGAACACAGCAGCAUUUUGUACCGUUGUUCAAUGCAGGCAUUAUAUUAACAAUAUAGACAACACAGACAAUAUUUUUAGCAAUUAUGACUGAGGCUGAGUAGGAUACUGGUGUGAAGAAUUAUUAAAAACUGAAUCAUUGGAUAAUGCAAUUCUAGAGCUCUUAUGGGCUUGGCCAUCAUGGUAUAUGAGCAAGUAUUACAUGUUCUCCAAGUAUGGUAACUGUACGCAUCUGCUCAAAAUUAGAAACAAGCUGAAAAUCGGUUGUUUUUGCAAAUAAAGUCAGGAAGAAUUUUCGAUAUUUUGUGAUUGUUUUUAAUAAAACAAUAAUUCCACUCGCGCUUGUUGGAUAUGAGAUGAUUAUAGCCAACUCGGCGCUACACGCCUUGUUGGCUAUCUACCAUCUCAUACCUAACGCGCACUCGUGGAAUAAUUGUUAAAUAUUUAUAAGACAUUACGUUUAUUAGGUUAAACGUAAGAUUUCGAUCGUUGCCAUAGCAACCUGGAUGGUUUAAAACAAGCCUAAAAUUGUAAAUUCGGUAGGUUUUUGCGAAAUCCAAUCGUUAGAUUUUCUUAUGAAUACAACAAGUAAUCCUCAUUUUUCAAAAAACCAACUUAACCGAAUUGCAACAAACAGUUUUUGAAAUUUUAACAAAAUAGCUAUCAUGUGAAAUUUGGUUGUGUCACAGAAAUCCUCUGCUUACUUAAAAUUUUCAAGUUUUCAAUGCAUUAAGUGCGAUAUUGACAAGAAUUUUGCCAAAUUUCGUCAAAUUUUUAUCUUCUAUUUUUGAGAUAUCUUCGUUUCUUUACAUUGUCUAUUGAAGUCAACAAAAUCAGCGCUCUCACGUUUUUCCCUAAGUACCCUUGCUCAACACUUGUGCGCGCGCUGGGGUCACGUCACAUUACAAAAGUGACCGACGGAAACAGAAUAAAUUUCUACGGAUAGGAAGAUAGAAAACUUUAUCAAUGUGUCGGAGCCGUAUAGCUUGAGAAAAACCCCAUACUAAUUUGGGAACACAAUUUAUAAUUAAAUAAUUAGAUUUAGCUAUGUGAAAGGUUUGAACCCAGGGGUCAUUUCAAAAGUAGGUUGAGUAGUUCGUCAAUAAGUCGUUUGUACAGCGCUGGUAACGGUACCAUGCAGCGCCGUACAAACGACUUAUGACGAGAUAAAGCUAAACUAACUACGAGAGAACGACUGGAGAACUGACAAUUUGACUAACAAUAGACGACUGUUUAACUGUGACAAAAGACGGAUCGAAACGCACCAAUUACCGAUGACGAGUCUUCAUAGCCAAUAACGUCAACGGCUUCACUGACAGACGACCAUUAACAUCGCGACGUAACUGACCAAUCAGAGCAUUAACCAGAGUAUAAUACCAUCAACUGACGUGAUACAACUCACUUUGACCCUGAAGAUGAUUACCGCACAGGUUGUUGAAACGUCAGUCACUGUCAACAACAACAGUCCUAUUCAGGACUACGUUCACCCGGAUGAUCAAACGCAACCUACUUUAGAAUUACCUAUAUAAUAUAAAAGAAAAAUAUUUAAACUACGCAUAAUGUAUUUCAAUCUAAUGAAAAUGUAAAAUGACUGAGAUAGAAUUGUAAAAUUAAAUGAUUAUGAUGAGCAGAGAGAACAGCCCUUAUAUCCAUCAUCUGUCAUUGAGCUUAUAUCAUUCUUACGAAUUCUGCUUUUACAGUCAACUUCUGGCCAUUUUUCUCAGCUGGUCCUCACAUUUUUUUUUCUAGAAAAUUCCAUUGACUGCAUAUCUUCUCAUAAUAAAGAUUUUAACAGAAGAGGGAUAAACCAUUUCAAGGGGCGAAACCUUUUUAUUUAGCUUUUUUAUUUUUCUUUAGAUCACGUCAGUCUAUUGUGCGCACGGAAACAACUGCGUCAGUGAAAUUUCUUAGAGCGCGCAAUUCUGUCAGAGAAACUGUGUUCAGCUGCCUUAAGCUGGAGCGGUGAGACGAAACAAAAUACGGAGCUAAAUUAUUAUUGUCUUUUUUAUUAUAACGUUUUGCUCCAUAGUCACUGAAUCACUGAAAACUACGAGUAAUCCACCAGAGGUAACUGUUACUCUUCUACGGAAUGAGGAUCUUCCGGGAAAAUCAGUACUUCUGGAAAAGCGUCAAUUGCCAAUCGACAUUUUGCUUUUGACGGUGAAGGAGUGGGAAUUUCUAGCUUGUAUUUCGUGUUUCAAUCGCGACUUCAGUAGAAGUUACUGCAAAGAGCUUGGUCAAGACGUGUACCUCGGCGAAAUUGGGAACGAUGACAUGAUGCUAAAGAUCGCUGUGGCGAAGUGUUACACAGGAUCCACCGUUCCACAAGGAUCUUGUGUUGCCGUAAUGAAAGCAUUCGAAGUCUUGAAGCCCAAAGCGGUAUUCAUUGUGGGUUGCUGUGGUGGCUUAGACCCCGCAAAAGUCAAACUUGGGGACGUGGUAGUGUCAGUGAAACUGAUAACAUAUUCCUCCUCCAAAGUCACGGACAAAGGCAUUACUGAACGUGGUGUGAGAGUUCCAUUGAAAGCCAAUAUUUCAAAACUGAUGCCAAGUGCUGCUGAUGGCUGGAAAGCCCCACUGAAGAGUCCAAAAGAAUUUGAGGUCAAGGUGCACCGAGGAGUGUUUCUGAGUGGCCCAGAAAGUGUUGAUAGCAGUGCGCGGCGCGAGGCACUCAACCAACGCUUCUCAGAAGCCGAUGUUAUUGAAAUGGAGGGCGAAGGUAAGUUGAACAAAUUGCAGCUACCUCAGGGAUAUGUUAUCCUCUAAAAGUAAUAAUGCUUGAAGUCUCAAUUGGCAGGGUGUGAAAAUGGUUGUCUUACCCAAAUUCAUUAGACUGAAGUUUUAAGUUUCCAUAUAUAUCAGGGGUUGUAUCUGUAUUAGUGCAUAAAAUAGUUGAAAUCAAAUUAGAAUGACAGUGACUGUAAAUCUCGGUAGUCUGCUUCUGACUGUCUGUCACACGCCUUAAUAGUUUCUCGUUCGUGUUGUUUGGGUUGAACACAAUCUAUUCUUAGAAUUAAAUGCAUGAAUGCAUUUCUGGGCAGAGAGAGUUGAGCAGGCAUCCUUAAUCAAUCGAGUUUGUAAAGGUUUCAAAAGGUGGAUAAUGCGAUCCUCUGAAUAAAUCUGAAUCCAGUGUAUAACGCAAUUAGUUUCCCUAAUACCUAUCCACUGGAUAGUGAUUUAUCCGUUGGAUAGCGCUACAUUGUAUUCAUGAUCAGCGUUUGAACAAUUGGGUCAAACUAUUCGUCUGCGGAGGGGGCGAGGGUGGCGGGGGGGAGGGGCGGAGAACCAGGUGCAAGAGCAUACAACAUAAGAUGACUCGUCAGCUACUCCUUGGUACUUAUUCAACAAACUGAUUGUGAUUCAGAUCUUCAGAAUGUAUACAGUGCCACUUUAGACAAAUAUGGUUGGUUGAUGUCACAGCAAGACGUGGACCAAUUGUACCGUUAUUGAUCUAAUACAAACCCUUAGGUACUAUAUGAUCAGUGGUUUAAAAAACCGGCUGACUAGUGUUAAGUGUCAGGAUUUGAAAGAUUAAGCACAAAGGGUGAUAGGGUGUAUUAAUAGAAGUUAACAGUAAGACUGGAGGUAAACGCCAACUUGGUGCUCUCAUAGGAUCUAAAGGCUACAAGGCGAGUGUUGUAACGCAAAAAACCAUGCGUAGAAUGGUGUAACCGUAACCUUCACCCGAAGGGUCAACCGCGUGCAGCCCAUGUUAUUUUUACGAAGGGGUGCAAAUUCAAAUUUACAUACUUCAUGCGAACAAUCGAGUCAUUCUAAGAUUGCGAUUGCUGUAAUUAUAUCAUGCCCUCAGCUAACUUGCUAUAUUUCACAGUUCUUGGGGGCUAAGAUCUGAAUUUAAGUCUAAAUUUAAGUCCUAGGCCAAACGUCGAACUUUUCAUGAGAACAUUUCAUGAGUUAGUGACUUGAGUUCAUGAAAAGUUCAACGUCGGGCUCAGUUAAGUUCGUCUGAAUGAGUUUGGAUCGUCCAACACGUUCUAUCCGUCUGCUUCAGAUGAAUAGCACGUCGACGCGUCCUAAAAGUUCGACGUCUGAGCCAACAGACGAUCUUAACUUCAUUUUGGUCGACCCAAAUUAGAGUUUGGUUCGUCUCAUGAAAGUUCGACGUUUGGCCUGGGCCUAAGUCAUGUUCACCCUGACUUUCCUUGAACUUUAACCAGGACUUGUCCUAAAUCUACCCACCGAUGCUGGUAGCGAUUUAACCACAUAUCUGCGUUUUCCUUGCGCUUCUCAUAAGUCUAGAUCUUUGCGAGAAAACACACUUGUCCAAACAAUUAUUUUUAGGUGUUUAUGCAGCGGCUCAAGAGCUGGAUAUUCCGUGGACCAUAAUUAAAGGCGUCUCGAACUACGCAGAUGGAGGAUUGUUUGAGCCAAAUCCUUGGAAAGAGUUCGCGAGUUUAAUGGCAGCUUCAUUAACUGCUCAUGUUCUUAGUAAUCCUAUUGCUUUCAAAGACUGGCCUCACUAUCAAAGUACAGGUGAGUAUUGGAUAUUGGCCGAGGGACGUUUACUUUUUCCCCUUGGAAUACCCUUUUCAACAGGCCAAUUAGUCUGCUUCUAAUGAUCUUAACAGGGAUCAUAAAAAAUUUUUUGCCAAGAUCUUAAGAAUCCUCGGAGAUCCUUGCAAAGAUCCUGAACUUCCUUUCAACAUCGUGGAAGAUAUUUGAUUAUCGUCAAAGAUCUUGAAAGAUCCUAUUCGGACCUUUCCAUAGUCAUGAGUUACGAGCAGGGCCGUUUAACAAUUUCCAUUGAAUAGCUUAGUACAAGAAAAUCACAUUCCAGAAAAACCAUAACUUCAGCAAAAUAAAUAUUGAUAUGCUCGACUCAUUCGAGCGAGAGACCAGUCGAUAAUUUUGCUUAGAUCGUUAGCAUAAGUUCUUAUUUUUGCAAUGGUAAAAAUUUAACGGAAGCUCCUCUUGUAGGCUUGGUUACGAUAUUUUCAUUAGGAUGCACAUAAAUUUCUUUGACUUCAAACAGAACGUAACUUUCCUUUCUUCGAUAACAUUGGCCGGUAUCAAUGGAAGCUGGGUUGUUGAAUGUUCAUAGAGAGUGGAAUGUUGUUGGGGGAAGCACCGCUAUAACACAUAGGAUCCUUGUCCUUACUUUGGUAAAAGAAGAUAAUCAAUUUUUCUAAGAUUAUGCAUAGUCAUUUUUGAAACAGAUUUUAAAAAACCGAGAAUAUAGCACCUAUCACUGAAAUAGCUCUCUUUUUAUUAACUCAUUAGCAUAAAAUUGAACACUGGGACCUCAAAAACAAUCAUUAUCACUCUUCGUUUUUUCUUUCGUAGAAGAAGCUCCAUAAGAAAACAAGAACUGGUGAAGACAGAAGGUACACUCAUAACACAUAUAGAAAUUUAUGUAUAAAUCCAUAUAUCGAUCCAUACCUUAUCUUAUUCCGUAACAAUUCAUUUUGACAAUAAGGGGUUAGUACAGCCUGGGAAGAAUGGAAAAUGUUAGCGCAAUCGUAUGCAGGGUAGACAUACUUUAGUAUUGCUUAAUAGGGUCAGGGUUAUAAGUUUUAUCUUGACUUGGGAGGGCUCCGUUUAUACAGCCUGUGAUUCGUUUACUAUAAGCUAAUUAUACUUAAGUGACAGGGUCUUUUAUGAACGAUUCGAGCUGCGCAUAGAGGAAACGGAAAAUACGCAGUUUCCAAAGAAAAAUGAUAAAUGUUUGUCUUGGUUGUUGUUUAUUUUCUUCCUUUUAAAGAAAUAAAAGAUGGCGUGGCUGCUGACGAUGAGUUUGGAAGGGUUAUCUUUGCAGCUUGGGACAUCGUGGGAUGCUCUUGCGCGGCGCCUUGAAUUCAGCCCAGCAGAAAUACAAGGAUUUAACCACGCUAACAAAGGAAAGAACUCGCAGACAAAUCUUACCGCAUGUUGUGUAGGUGGAAAGAGGAAAUUGGUCUGUCAGGAGCAAAUUACCAGGUCUUGUGCAAGGCCUUGUGUCAUAAAUAUGUUGAUCGCAAAGAUUUAGCAGGACUUUUUUGCCUUCGUGAAUCUUCAGAUGAAAGUGAGAAGAAUAAAGAAGAUAGCACGCCAGAAUAAUAAAGGUAUGAUAACAAUUAUUACGUUCAUUGAGAGACUAUCCGUCGAACUGCGUCGAGCAGCCCGUGGGAAGAGUAGCAAAUUAACGAGAAAAAACAAUUGAAGGAUCACAACAUGAUAUAAUAACGAGUUAUUCAUUUUCUAUUUUAUAAUCAUCACUCUCAACAAUCUAUUUUUUACUUAAAUCCGAAAAUUGCACAAGUUAGGCUAAGAAUCACCAUGUUCGUUUAUUUAAAAGUUGAGGAAGCCUGACCGAGCAUUUAGAGUGCUGGACUUGAAAUCAGGAGACCCCGAGUUUAAGCAUUUCUCUGACAGUUAACUGGAUCUGAAAGGAGACAGCCGGUUUGGCUUUCGCCAUUUGGGUUUUUUUACCGUUGUCAUGUUUCAGCUGAAUUAUUUUAGUGCCUUUAAUAAGCUACCUAGGGGAUGGGGGCCUUUUUAAUUUAUAGACUUAUUUUUGUAUUUUUUUUUUAGCCAUUUUGAGCUGGUGCUUAUUAAAGAGAGGGAACUAUUAAAAACUGGAGAGGCGACACUAUAUCUCUCAUAGACCAUCCUCUAAGAACAGAAAGUAAACACAGAAGCAGCAGAAAACACAGCACGUAAGUGACUGAAGGUGUGCUGAAUAUGUUUUUAGUAGGUUCAGUUCCAUAUACGUAACUUUCACCCUAAGGGGAGAGGGCGUCGGUACACAGGUUAGAUGUCCGGCAGUUUUUCACAUAUUCUCAGUUAACCCCAGUCAGUGAUCAAUCUUUCUUUUUUUCUCAGAUCAGUGAAAUCGCGAUCUGAUUUAUGAUUAUGCAGAAGAAAAUAAGAAACGAAACAGACUUUUUAUAGUCUAAGCUAACUCUGAAAGACGUACUUUGGACCACCAUGCAUCUAAUUUGCUUGGAUAAUGUCCUUCCUUCUUCAACGUUAAGUUUAUGUUAGUCGAUGACUACUAAACAUCAAAUGCAAAAUUCUCCUUAUUAGUAAGUAAAACAAUGAUGAAUAGUCGUCCAGUUUCGAAUUAAAAAUUGCCGCUGAAUACAAACAUUAACGGCACAUUUAUACAGGGUUAGCCUCGGCGUAAAGUAAAAUAUUCCGAAAUUCCGGCAAGUUACGUUUUGAAUUUGAAUAUACACAAUAGACAGAGUAAUAAACAGGUCUUUUUCUCGUUGGAAUUUGUGAAUAUAUUGCUUCAGAUGGAGGCUAAACCUGUAAAAAAUGCGUCUUCACUUCUUUAAUUCAACGGUCAUAGCGAACUCGAAACUGGACUAUUCACAAAGACCAGUGUGCAAAAUCUGCGAGUUGAUUAGAGGACAUAACGGGUUAAUAAAUCAGGGAUCGAAACUCGGGCGGAUCUUUCAUGAACGAUUGUUGGUCAUCAGAGAAUAGACAAUAAUUGAAGCAAUUUGUGGUUAAAUCACAAAAAUAAAUGAUUUGAUUUUGCUCUUUUUUAAAGGAAUAUAUCAAAGAUGGCGUGAUCCUGGACGAAGAUGUGGAAGUAACCUUGGCCGACAAAAAUGUUUAAAGUGUCUUGACGUUUAUCAAUUGAAAGAUCGUGCUGUUGCAAAACUUUAGUUAGUUACACCUCAACAACUUCAUCUAAAAAUGCUUAAUAGUUUUUAAUUCUUGCCGGACGCUAACAAACUCACUACAAGAAGUAACUAUUAGUGACUGUACUCUAAACCGAGUCGCUAUACUACAUUACUAGAGCAACUAUACAAUAGUUUAAAUACUACUGAGAAAGGGAUAACCUAUUAGGUCGCUAUAUCAAUGAUAACUAUACUACAAAAUAAAGUCAAGAUUUACUAUAAUCUAUACUAGAGUCGCUAUAUUUAACAAUUUGAGGUAAAUAUCCGCUACGUUUACCGACAUUGAGGUAAAUAGAUGUUUUGGUAUAUAUCAUAUUAACAAUGAGAUAGCCUUAAGUAGGUGGCAGUAGAGUUCAAAGAAAACCACGACAAAAAAACUGAAUCGUGAGAAAGAAAAAAUAUUACAGGGAUAUAUCAUUAUUUAUUUAUUUAUUUAUUUAUUAUCUUUGCAUUUACUGACUUGGUAAAUACUAACAAAUAUCAUGACUGUUGUUUACUAAAAGAACUAUAGCAUAGUUGCUAUAUAUGAAUACUUCAAUUCACUGUAUAUACGGGAGAUACGUUAUUGAUCAUACUCUAUACUAGAGAAAUUAUAUCUCAAUAUAAAACUAUUUAACAGAGAAUCUACAUUAAAAGGUUACCAUACUAUUCAUAUGCUGUGUACUGGAGUCACUAACAAAUGUCUUUAUCAAGAGUUAUUUUACUCUAUUUUCUUGGUUUGCAACCACGUGACAAGGCGGCCAUGUUGGUGGUCUACAAUAGAAUUUUUGCUCGAAGAAUUUACUUGAAAAUAGAGUUUAGUUCCCAGGAGAGACAGGCUUUUGUUCUUGACCACCAACAUGGCCGCUGUGACGUCACUUGCAAACCAGCAAUUAGAGGAACCAAUAGUUACUCUAGCUACUAUUGCCCUGCGUGGCAGGUGUCAAAAGGGGUGGGAAAAGGGAUUCCGGACAGGAGCUGGGAUUAGGAUACGCAUUACGCACGUGCGUACCUGACGAAAAAAUAUAAAGGAUUUAUCAUUAAUGAAUGAAAACAAAGAAAAGAACAGAAAUAUGCGAUAUAGCUAAAAAUAAAAAAGAAUCGCCUAACCGCUUUAACUGCUUUCUGACACGACACGUGAAUAGGCGAAGGCUGUGAAUGCUACCUGCAUAACACUGUCCUUCCAUCAAGAGAGCGUUCUGAUUGGCUACCCGAGACCGCUCGGGAUUUCCCGCGUUGGUCCUGCAAGAAAAAGUUCUAUUUUUGCCCAUGAAAUGAACCGUUUAUUGACCAAGUUCGGUCAAGAAGGCCGGCUAUUGGCCUCGUGCAAAAACGGGCUUACCCAAUAUCGAGCUAUCUUGACCCCACGCUUAUAUUGGAAAAAAAAAACUUUCAUUCAAAUCAUCCCCGAAGAAAACAAUUUGGGAGAAUUGAGGUUGGAGUUGAAUUUAAAAACAGUGCGAAUCUCUGGAAAAUCCCUAGCUUCGUCAUCUGAAAUGAUUAGUUUCCAGUUACCCAAACAGAUGGUGUCGGCUCUGUGACUCAAAUAUGUAAUUGCUUCCGGCCAAAACAUAGCCUAUGCCAGGCUCUCAGAUAGUAUAGUGGGGACGAGCAAAACGAAAAUGAGACGUGCGCGACUUGGGAAAGGGGGGCGUUGCGUCCCCAGCCCCCGCGCGUUUUCGCACAUCUUUAUACACCUUUUUACUGAACGACUUUUCACCACUAUCUUGGAGCCUGGAACAGGCUAGCCAUAACAGUACUUUCUGCCAAAGAUCCUUCAAAGGUCUGCACUGGCUCGUUUCUCGAAAGUAACGGUAACUUUUCGGGCCCUGAAAGACGUUUUAUAUUUCCGUGUUUACAUUUAAUAAAAUAAACGUUUUAGAAGUUUUUGAAAAUUGUACAAUGAAACUAUCAGUUACCAAAACGAAAUUGGCUGGUUUGUGAGCUAGAAACACAGUUUUAGCAGGUUUAGCCUUUUUAGCUUUGCCUUCGUGAAAAGAAGUUACUGGGACUUUCGAGAAAUAGCCUGGGAAUACAGUUUUCCGGUCGUCGCAUGCAUCCCAGAAAUACGUGUAAUUGAAAUAAAUUUUAACGGUUAUCGUUGAUAACAGCGCCAGUUGUAGCCACAGGUAAAAAAAGUGCUAUUUCUUUACGGGCGACAAGAGGAGCCUGCAGACUAUUCUUGGUCAGUGGUACUUUAUUUAAAACUGUAUAGCGCUUGUCAUUCGAAAGCUUCAAUUAGCAAAACUCCGGUGGUAAUUUAAGCUGCUUCGUUAUUUUCUAUUGCAUAUCAACAGUCUUUGGUCAUGGAACACGGAUUGAAUAUUCGAUUGAAUAAUAAGACUUCGAGCAGUCGUGCGUCACGUAUUCCUGUUUCAUUGUAUCUUUGCCGGCGAAUACAUCCAUAUCUCCUCGCUCUUCACCAUUCGCAGGACAAUUGUAGGAACUGUGACUAAAGGCCGAUACACACGAGGGGUUUUGCUCCCAGAGCAUGCUCCAGGAUCAUUUUGCACGUGUCAGUACACACGAGGGAGCGUUAUUUGCCCCGGGAGUUUGCUCCCAAGUAUUUAACCGGUUAAAUAUCGUGGAGCAUUUUGCGGGGUGGAAAUUCUGCACCCGAGGAUGAAUUAUACCCAUGAAAUCGUUGGUACACACGGAGGAGCUUUGCUCCCGGAGCGUGCCUCUGGAGCAUGCUCCGGGAGCAAAACCCCUCGUGUGUAUCGGCCUUAAAAUCGUUGAAUUAAAUAUGAGGGUUAUUUUAAUACUGCGUUGUUCAAUGCAGUUUUCAUGAUCCGCCGCGAUUCCUUUAGUAGACACUGGGGCUAAAAGGUCUUUCUCUGAUUCACGUACAUGUACGCAAUUUUGAAAGCGGUUUUCAUCAAUCACAUCGCAAAGGUAAACCCACAUGUUGGCCCGCGCUUCCUAACCAACGGUUACUGCUAGUAUAUAGUCAUUUUCUUACUCGUUAUUUCUUGUUCGUCUUUAAUUUCUUACUAAGUCUUCUAAUGCCUUUUAGGCUAGAUUGUCAUGGAGGACAAAGACGAUGAAAGUGCGAAUAAACAGAACGAAGCAACAGAUUACGCAACUUCGAGCUCUGUAUUAAUCUGUAAGUAAAUAUGCCGAGGCUCAACAAUGUCUUCUUGAAGCUCUUAAAAUCAGUCAAGAAAUAGGUGACAAAGCAACAAGUUACCUAAACCUAGGAACUGUGCGAGAGUCUGUUGGUCAACUUGUUAAAGCUGAAGAGCAUUAUCAGAAAUCACUUCAGUUGAGAUCACAAGGAAAUCGAUAACAAAGGCGGCGUGGCAGCGAGUUAGGCCAACUUAGGGCCCGUUUUGACGUCUGUCGGUAAAUAUUCAAGGCUGAAGAAUAUCUUCUUGAAUCACUGGAAGUCAACAAGCAAACGAGUGACAUACACAGUGAUUAGCGGCAUGCUACCACAACGUUGGAAAAGUGUUUCAAUCGGUCGGGGAUUAUACCAGGGCCAAAGAAAAUUUCAAUAAAGUAAUUGUGAUUCGAAAGGAAAUCGGUGAUAAAAAAUGAGAAGCGUCAUCCUAUGGAAACCUCGGGGAUGUGUUUGCAAGCGUCAGUGAGUGUGCCAAACCUGAACAAUUCUUUCAAAAAGCAGUUGACAUCAGAAAGGAAAUUUGAGACGAAGAUGGAGAAGCAACAGAUCUAGAUAGGGCAAUUGGGGGCUAGGAACUUUCUGCCUGCGUGUCGGUGAAAAAGCUAAGGCUGAAAAAUACCAUCAUUGGGCACUUACGAUCUUCGAGAAAACUGGUCGAAAACUUAGAGUAGGAGAUUGUUUCCUAAACCUAGGACAAGUGCUUGAAUUGUUAGGUGAAGUACGCAAGAGUGUAGACUAUUUUUUUAAAGCCGCAGAUCUAUGAGGAAAUUGGUUGCAAAAACGGAGAAGCAGACACUAGGAGGUGUACUUAAACCUUCCAAGUCUAAAGAGUUUCUUCUUGAAGCACUUGCGAUCAGCAAAGAAAUUGGAAAUAAGAGGGAGAGACAGCAGCUUACGCAAACCUAGGAAUUCUUAUUGUAAUUAUAGUUUGUAGAUAUUCAUUGUAAGGAUAUUUUAUGAUUGUAAUAUAGUUUUUUACUCUUUUUAGUCUUAUCCAUACAUAUAUUUAUAGUUCUUUUUCUUUAACGAUAUGUAUUUUGUCACUUAAUUUUUGUUUUAUAAUUUUAGUUUGAGGGCCACUAGUUAUUCAGUUGAAGUACUGUCCCGUGUUACCCUCGUUAAAUAAAGUUGAUUAUUAUUAUUAUUAUUAUUAUUAUUAUUAUUAUUAUUAUUAUUAUUAUUAUUAUUAUUAUUAUUAUUAUAUCUACAGUCGUACCGAAUCUACUGGAAAGUGUUAAAAAAGUGAAGAAAUGUACGGUCUUCCAGGAAGCAAUUCAAUGAUCACCGUAAGGUAUAAUUUUUCGAGGAGCUCUUUACUCCCUACUUGAUGCUCAGUCACCUGUGUUGUGCUACUGGGAAUACGUAUGAAGCUUUACACUUUACCGAACUCGGACGGUUCGAAUCUCUAGCAGACCUUAUGUCAGAUUGGUAUUCUGUACAAAAGAUUGUUGCACUCAACCCCAAAUCGUUUGUUGGCUUCGAUAAAGUUAUCAGGGAAAAUAACAACAGCACUUGCCUCUACCUAUCUUAUUUCGGUGAAAACAUAUUUUUGUCGAUUUUACAACCAGGCAAGCAGAUAUUUUUUCGUGAAACGAAACUUAGUUAAAGUUAUGAUUAAAAACGCGGUAAAUUCACUGUGGAUGAAGGUUUUGGAAAUAAGUUCCUAAGAAAUAGCUAUGUUCUACCUCAAGAAGAGUGCGAAGAUCGAUCGCUGUUUUCGUUAUACACCAGCCACAUGACAGACGAAACAAAGCAGGAAGAAAACCUCCCAUCCCCGCGUCUGGUAGAAGAAGAGGAAAACGAAAAGUAUUUUGGACCGCCAACCCUUUCCCAGCCGGGUUACAACUUGUUAUAGUCGUUCCUGCACGCGACUUACUAGAGGGACCCGAAAUCAUUGUUAUUCCCCAUCACAACUUGCACAGAGUUUCGUUUAGCCUGCGUAGCUGGCGAUAUUGUGUGAAUGCGAGAUUAAAGUUUUGGCGGCGGAGCCGUGUUCCAAAAAAAGGGAGUAGGGAAGAGGCGGUUGGUAUUUCUCGCGGCUUCGCCGCUCGUGACGGCUCCGCCGCCAAAUCUCACUGGACUACUACACAAUACCGCCAGUUACACAGGCUAAGUUUCGUUUGCAUCGUUAGAAGAUGUUGAACUGAGUAACAUGUAUUUAUCAGAUACUUUCAGGAUGAGAAUCGUCCCUUCCUUGACGACUUUCAAGCUCAUUUAGGACAGUUCAGCUGCCUAUCACAGCAAAACUGGUAUAUUGAUUGUGGGUGAACCAAGCGUUACAAAGGUCAGUAUUUCAAGAAAGAAGUAAGAAACCUUUGUCCAUUGCCUGAAGUGAAACGGGAAGCAGAGAUGAUUGCAAGGUUACUGCCUGGAUCUCACCUUUUAAUAGGAGAGCAAGCAACAAAGCAGGCAGUUCGACAGACAAUUCACUCAGUGAGUCUGACACAUUUCGCUGCUCACGGUGAUGCCGAAAAAGGAGAAAAUGCACUUGCCCCUCCUAACUCUACAGAGGGGAUUGCAUACAAACCAGACUACUUACUGUCAAUGGGAGAAGUUUCAGAAGUUAGACUGACAGCCAAACUGGUAGUCCUUAAGCUGUUGUCAUACUGCGUGUGGGCAAAUAAAAGCAGAAGGCGUCUUUGGAAUCGCUCGAACAUUCUUAGGAUCGGGUGCGCGCUCAGUGUUGGUGGCUCCGUGGGCCAUAGGAGACAAUUAAAAGCAACAGACCAGUUCAUGAGCCAUUUCUACGAAAGCCUUGUAAAAGGAGAAAGUGCAAGCGAAUCUCUUCACCGAGCCAUGAAGUGGAUGCGAAAUAACGGUUCCUCUAAAUGGAGGCAAUGGGUACCUUUUGUGGUUAUUGGGGAUGAUGUCUCAUUUGAUUUUUAAACCCAGAUUUAAACAGUAUUAUAACUAGUCUAGUUGUUUUGUGUUUCCAUCGUUUCCUACACUAGUGAUCACGGAUUUAGUUUUUCCUUUUAUUACAACAAACACUUUAUUACUUGAUACACAUUUACAUACAAAGGAAAAAAUUGCAAAAGAAACUACAAAAAACAACAAAAUUAAAAGUAUUGUCAAAAAUUACCAAAAUUAUUGAUACGCAUUCGUUGUGCGAAGAAGGCAAACCUAUACAAAGGAAAUUAUCAGGGGCAUGAGGGAGCUCGAGAGCAGCCCAAAAGACAGUUAAAGUGUUUAGAACUAAAAUUCAUAAAGUCUUGUGUCUCUCGAAAUUUUUGGAGCAAGCUGGUAAGCAGCGGUCCAAUUCCGUCAUUAUGUGAUAGGCCACAAGCUUCCGUCCAUCUGUCCUGACUAUGCAUGGGUAGGGGAGAGGAUUUCUUUGGAACGAGAGCGUUAUAUGCAAGUCUACAGCUCGGUUUUUUUACCUUUGGUGGGUAAUUUAGUCAAAAAGCUUUCAUAUUCUUUACCGUUGUUUGUGCAGUCACUUAGAUUACUUAAUUCUCAUCCAAAGCACGUGAUUUAUGAGCAGAAAGAAGACCACACUAAGUCAAUGGUUGAAUCUUUAAGUCGAGUUUGUCCUGAAGCUCUUGAAGGGUAAGAAAAUUGUUAUUGGUGUCUUUCAGGUGUUAUAUUUUCCAAAUACCUCUGCAUUCCCAUUCCCUAUAGUAAAUGGGGGCAUUGUUGACUUCGUACCAGGGAGUUAAAACCAUAGGUUUUGUUCGAGAACGGCUGUCUUUCGGGUGUUAAUUGUUGUUUAAAGUUUAUUUCUAACCAGAUUAGUAGAAUUUCCUAUAAAAACCUGGUCUUUAAGGUCUUGAUUGCGUCCAUUUUGUUUAAGUUGUUGGUAAAAAGAAGACUGUAACCAGGUUUUUCAAGAUGAAAAUCGAAAAGAAAUUUCCAGCAUUUGCCACGAUUGUUUUUGUCCAGGUAUUUUUUAAUCCAUGUCACCUUUAAGGCUUUGUUAAAAAAUUCAAUAUCGACCUCUUUUUUUGUUCUUUUCUGCGGGCAUGUGUCUUUAAGAAGAUCAUUUACAGAUUUGCCGAGUAAGGCAGGGAGAGGCGUCUUUUAAGCAAAACUAGGCGGACACGAUAAAAAAACGUCCGACCGCCAUAUCAGUUCCCAGCUCAGUUAGUUUACUUCAUAUUACAUGGCUGAAUUCGCGACCAGAUGAUGCGAAUCCUCUGUUGUGAUUGGCUACCCUGAGCGAAAGACGAAAUUUCCCUCGUUGGUCCCGCAUUUAUGUAACAAAUCCUUUAUUGACCGAACUUGUUCGGUCAAAAAUUCAGCCAUCUUGACAUCACACUUGUUCCAUAAGGCAUAUGUGUUUUUUUUUUAGUUGCCAGACGAACGUUAAAGUGCCUUCACACAUUCCAAAAGGUUUCUUCUGUACUUUUUAUCGUGCUUUUCACAUUUACCCGUUUUUUAUUCAUGAUUCUGAAAUAGAAAUAACAAUUCAAGUUGAAGCUGCAAGAUAUCACUUGUAAAAGCCGGAACCAUUUUCGUUCAAAGGUGAAUAGUUUUAUCCUCCUUUCAUAAACAGGGUCUCAAUCUGGCUAAGGUAAAGGAAUGUGUUUACAUACAUGUAUAUCUUUGGGUUAUAUGCUUCUGCUUUGGGCUGUUGCAGGUUUUGCACACCAGAGACACAUGCAGAGAGUGGCAAACAAGAACCUCUCUCUGACUCAGGCCCGUGAAACAAUGAACUGUUGAUGAAGCAUAUACACAUAACCCAGAUUUCAUGUCUUUACUGUAUUAAUUACUUUAUAGAAGCCGUCUCACUUGGUGUAGCUGUUCCUGCCUGCCCGUUCACUACAUUUUAUCGUUAUGAGUUUGUUGGUAUGUAGAGUGGUCCUUAAGUUUUGUAAUACCUAAUGAUAAGAAGGUAAUGCUCCCUAAAGAACAAGAAUCACCAGUCUGGUCAGUGUAUAUCAGCAACUCACUUAGACUUGCUCACAAGUCGAGCUUUUGAGCGCGUAGCGCGACUGUGAGCGCGAAGCGCGAUCGUACGAGCGCGGAGCGCGAGCGAGCGAGCGCGAGGCGCGAGCGAGCGAAAGCUUCGUGCCGGGUCCUACCACACCAGACCAGAAAACCAAGCGAACGACUUUGAGAAAGUCUACAACUCACUUGGAGAAUUCAGUGGCAAUUGCUAUAGCCACAGUGUUCUCUCUUCCCUCGGUGACGUCACAGCUCACGGUAGAGUCCAGGAGGGACCGAACCGAGAUGCCUAGCGACUAUGCUAUAGCCAUAUUAAAAUCAGUAAGCUCCAAGUGAGUUAGCUCUUUUAACCGUUGCUAACGAGUUAGUAAAGCCUACAAGUUAAGAAAUAAGAGUCAAUCAAACGCCACCAUUAGCUUACGUAAUUCGGUUCAUCUGUGUUUGUACAGAAUGAAGAUUAACAACAACUGAUUUUUACUACGUUUAGAGUUGUCACUAAAUAGAAAAAUGAAAUUAUUGGCCAUGGAUUUAGCAAAGAUAAUAGAACCGAAUCUAAAAACUGGGAAAAACCUCAUCAUUCUUCACGUUAUUUAAGUAAAUAAUUACAAGAAACGUUAGUCAAAGACGUGCUAUGUGAUUCAAUUUAGGCUGGGAGCAACUACUAUAGCUACUAUAGUUCAAACAAUCAACUGGGCACAAAAGCCUUGGUUCAAUAUCCUUUAAGCCAGCUAUUCUAAUCGUAGGCAAGAAUGAAAAAAAAAAAGAAGACAAGGAGAAAAGAGCUUUUCCAACACCCACCAGACAGAAUAGACACGACUUUGGGUGGCACCAUCAGUCAGUACUCUUUAAAACGAAAUUCAAUAAUAUGUGUAUAUUUUUUUAUUGGUAUUCUGUCUGUCAUAAAGAAGAUAAAAUUAAGUCAACGUUCAAAACUAGAGAAGAUGCAUCAGCCGGAAUCUCCUUUCGUUGGGGUAGAAGCGAAGUACUUUUCUAACGCUGAGAGGAUCUACUCAUUUUUUGCUCAAAGCUCUGUUUCAAAUGCUGGUGUUAUUAUUUUAACUCCUUAAGCAGUACCGAUCUGUACAUUUGGCUCGUAAACGUUAGUGUUACGAUCUCACCCGUCGUUUUUAACCAUAGAUUCAGAAUCGUAGAAUCACGUUUACGGCAACUGGAAACGUCACUCAGAUUCAAGCUUACAACUGUACUCAGAUUAGGAAAUGAGCAGAUAAAAACUGUGCAAUUUCCUUAUUUUGAAUCGAUGGAAUAAACAAUAAACGAUUUAUAGUAAAUGGGAAAUUUAGUCACUUGUCAGUCAAACUGACGUUUACCGGCCGUAUAACACAUGCGUGAUUCUAACCAAUUUUCUCCGAGGAGCCACGAGUCUGGUGGGGAUUCCUUCGCCUUGUUCCAUCAUCCCUGCUUUCCUUCCUACAAAUCUUGAGCUGGCUUUUAUUCAACCACCAUUUUUAACCAAAUCUCUACGUAUGCACCCCCCGUGGAGCAAUGGACUAACGCGUUGGACUUUUCAGGUCAGAGUUCAAACCCCUGUAAAAGGGUGAAAAUAUUUCGGCAAUGUUAGACCCCACCUUCAAAAUGGUGAGACUGAAAUCACUCCACUAUAAAAGGCUGUUGGUUUGAAUGCCAUCGAGGCUGAAUAUUGCUCUUUUUACCCCACUGCUUGUUUCCCCUGACAUGGAUGACAAAACGACUUCGAUGCAAGCAACGUUUUCAUAGUAUUAUUAGACAGAUUUAUAGUCAAGUUUACGGUAAACGGCAAACGGCAAACGUCAAACGUUUUUUCUCGAAAAAAAAGCAUAAAAGGAAAGGCUUUCACGGACUUUUUUUUUCUUUAUAUACGUUGAAAUUUGCCCAUUUAAAUCAAAAGGCAGUCUGGACUCCUAUUAGCCUUUCUUGAUUUUCUUGGUUUGAUGAAAUCGUAAUGCCUUUUAAGAAAAAAAUCAAACUACAUCGAGGGUUUGUGAAAGAUCACACUCAAGGCGGCAAGAUUAAUACUACGAAUCAUGCAGCUCAGUGGGUAAGGGGCGCGGGCUACACCGCCACCCCCCAGUCACAAUUACAGGGUUCCUGGUAAGAAAAUGUCGAUCAGACUAGAUUCCAAAGUCCUAAGUUUAUAUUACCAGAAUCCUGCUCAGUGGGGUUGUGGCUUACAGGGGCGUAGCGUCCAUAUACGCACGUACGCCCGUGCGUACAGCUGAGAUCUGAGAAAAAAUUUUUUCUCAUUAAAUUUGCUGGCUAAUAGGUUCAUAUUUUCUCAUUAUACUGGCGUUUUUUAUUAGAAUUCCCAUUAUCCAAGCAUUAAUCAUUCAGUGCUGGUCACUAAUAAUGCCAAAAUGCAUUUGAGUGGUAAGCAAAAAUAGGAAAAACGCCUCAUGUACCCCUCCCUCAAGGUCAGCCAGCCUCACCAGUUUCCCCAGUCCCGCAGGUAUUCUUGAAGGAGAGGUUACUAUGCCAUGACGUGUGGCUUCAGAACAAAACGUAUUUGCCGUCAACGGAGAUUAGGAAUAUACUUGUGAGGUCAAACAGUGAAGCCCCAAUAAUUGAUUUUCCGAAGAAACUGUUACAGAAUCCUCUGAAUAUUUCUGCGACUUGAGGAGCGUGAUCACUGGCUUCUGUAGUCAGUUUUCGUGUGUUUCGUGACACAGAGUACACACAUAUGGCUCGAAAAUCGAUACACGAUUACUUCAACGUAAUUAACAAGACAACUGAACAACGUGCAGAAGAAGCUGAAGGUACGUAGGCAUAAAUUCUGAGGAUGAGUUUAAAACCGAAGUCACAAGAUGGAAGCACAAAUGGAGUGACAUCCGAAUGUGACGCGGCAGACUUUGGUUGAGACUCUUGACCACGCAAACUCCCAAUUUUAUCCCGGUGUAUAUGUUGCUCCCGUAACAUUGUUAACUUAUCCUGUGUCUACAUGCACUGCCGAACGUAGCUUCAGUAGCAUAAAAUUAAAGAGACUAAAAUGUCCUCUGCGAAGUGCGAUGACGGACGAAAGAUUACGCUCCCUGGCAAUCCUUCAUAUCAAUAAACAUAAGAACGUGGAUAUUGACAGGUUGGUAACGGAGUUUGCCCGUCUUAAGGGUCGACGCCUCGCCCUUUGCUUGUGACCUGUUUUCAUUGUUUUUGUAUUUUUUUUUUUUUCUUUUCGGAACACUGUAGCUUACAGAAAACACUAGGGAAAUGGCUAAAAUAAACAACUUUCUACUGCAUUUUUGCCGCAUUAUAUAUUGAAAAUGCCCCGCAGAAAAACCAGGAGAUCGCAUUUCCGAGACCCUAAAUUUCAAAAUUUUCUGGGGGAGCAUGCCCCCAGACCCCCCUAAUUUAGGAAAAAUUUAUUCUUGUGCGUACAUCUUCAAAAUCCCACGCUACGCCCCUGGCUUAAGUUCAUUUUGACCCCUCAGACAAACCAAAAAUCAGUUGAGUAAAAAAACGCCUUUCAUCACUUUUUCGGCUCAAUUGGCUAAAAGGCUCCUAAAACGUACCUCGACUUCUCUAAUCGUAUAUACCCUGUUUAAGGAAGGGCCGGUGGACAAAAACCUUACGCUGUCCAGCGGCACAUCCUCGUGUGAGCCAUAAGGAAGUGCAUUUGCAAAUGCUGAAUUCUGCAAUGCUGAUCGUACUACGUCAAAUUUUACUCUGCAACACAUCAACACAACACUGAUAGAACCCAAAACAGAACGGAGUAGUAGCCGUCGACAGCUGUUUCGCCAUUAUCAGUUGUGGCUCGUCAGGACGGCGCAUAUAUUCCGUUUCCGGGCUACCAUCUUGUUCAUUCCUUCAAAGGGGCCCUGGUGAGCGCAAAAUAUCUUUUUCUGGCGGUGAAAACUGAAGAUAAAAAUUGAAUUUUCAUGUUUGCUUUCAUUGAAAAAAAAUUUUAAUUUGUCAUUUGUCAGUUUUCGAAAAAAAUGACCACUGAACACAGGCUUUCAUUUUUCAUUAUUCAUUUCUCACUUUUUCAGUUUUGCAAAACAAUGAAUAUUAAAUUCAAUCUUACUUCCCCAAAAAAAAAAAAUGAAAAAUGAACAUGCAGUUUCAUUUUUCAUUUUCUUCUUUUAGAAAAAAAGGAUGAAACGAAUCCAGGUCAGGUAUUAAACAAUGAUCAUUUGUUUCAUUCCCAGACUUUGACGUCAUUCAAUUCAAUAGCCGCACCCGUGACCAGACUUUGCAAAACAGCGCCUACCGACGCCAAACCGAUGAAAUCGUUUGCUCCGAUGGAAACGUCCAAGUCCCCUUCAGUAAAGGUUUGUUCUUUGUAUUCCUAACUUGUAUAUUUCGAAAGGCAUAAAUCACUGACUUUGUCUUGAGAGGUUUUUAUAAAGUCAAGAUUUGAUGAAGGUGGAGGGGUGUGAUGUCGCAAUUCCAACCAGUCCUUGUGGGCUUGUGUAGAAGCCUGAUCACGGCUCCAACGCUCACAUUGUGAGAUAUGAUUUUUAAAACAAUGUGAUCAAGGCUAAUGUGAUGCUCAAACUGAACGUUUAACCGUUUGCUGCGUGUGAAGGUACCUGGACGCCAGGGGCUUUUACAAUUAAUAUGUGACGUAUUGCUUAAACAUUUCGAAGUCUUGAAAGUGAAAGAGAAUCACGUUAGAAGCUCUUUGCAUUGACUGAGGGAACCUAUUUAAGCAAUUUAACUGUUGGACAGUUUUUAAGUCUGGUUUCGGUUUGUGAUGAUAAUAGAGAAUAAAUAAGGUAUUAUUUGCAGCAAAAUGCACUGUACAUUAAUAAUUUUUUAGAAACAACGUAAAUGAAACAAGAAAGAGCUCGUCGGUUAAUUAUAAAAUUCGCAUGACUUCUGAUUAUGCAAUUAAUAGAGCCCUUCAUGAAAAACUCUUGCGAUCACUGCUCUUCGUACGAUUUAUCAAACUCACGAGCCGUCCCCAAUAGAGACAGUUUUCUAGACUGAAAGGGAACCCUCACAAUGAAAGGUAAAAUAUUGCUUUGCAGAUCUGAACAGAUAACGUAUUUCAAACUGUUGAUCAAUAUCAUCGGCUCUCAACUGUGAACUAAUUUUAGGUGUCAGCCAUGUUACCUACUUCAAAACGAAAUCCAACAAUAUAAAAUGAAGGUUAUAACGGUAAAACUAGGGUAAAGGGAAGUUGCUUAGUAAAAUAGAUUUGCAUGAUCUCUUAGUGAAUUAGGAAACAUUGCAGUCGCGGCCGUUACAUGUACCUUUCAGAUACGGUAUGUCACGGGCAAGUAUCGAAUGACGCCAAGCAGGUAUAAUAUAAAUCUUCACCCGCUUCUUUUUGUUAGAGUUUCUUCGAUUUUUGGAAAGCAUCAUCUUAGGGUUGAACCAAGGGCUCAUUUAUAUUUUUAAAACCAGUGUUAGAUUUCGUAGUUAGCAUUACCUCAAGAGCCAGUGAUAGGUUUUUACAAAAUAAUUAUAAUGUUUUUAGUAAAAUGGUAAUUAGUCCUUGACUACUGUCACGAAUAUACACAGUUCAAGAACAAGUUUGUGUGUAGGUUUGUAGCUAGUGUAGCUGGGGUACAGUAGUACCCUGGGUACACUAACUACAUUGACUACACUGCAUAAGUACACUAACUACACUGAAUAACCAUGUUGACAGUUUUAUUUGUUAUGCACAUUGUGCCAUUCGUGUGUGCCAUUCGUGAGCGCAAUCAUUGAUCUAUUACCUAAUGUGCAGGUUGAGUGUAAAAGUUCUACUGCUUGUGGCCGUAUAUAAAGAUUGGUAGGGAAACUCAAGGGUUUCUAAAGGAUACCCCUUUGUAACAGACCCAGUGAAACCUUACUCAGUGUUUAAUUCAGCUUACCCAGUUAUAAUUCAUAAUUUAGCCUCCCCGAACCCGGCGAAUAGUUUGUUUCUACCCGGCUGAUUUUUGCUUCAGUGGUGACCUUCUAUCAUGGCUUCUUCAAGACCAGUGUAUUUCGUUGUUCAUAUUUGUUUGUUUAAAAGAAGCAAAAAUAUAAAACAUUACCAUCGACAAAAACAGAAUACGGAGGAUACAGGUACUUAAUAUCGCAAAGAAAAAUGUAAAUCGUUUAGUUCUUCUCGCUACAGCAAUAUGUAAAUUUUUUUUAAGACCCUGUUUACAUGGAGUGGGGGACCCUGGUCUAGUGGGGUAGGUUUCUUUUGUUUUGUGUCCCCCAGAGCGUGAAAACAAAAGAAACCAACCUCACUAGACCGGGGUCCCUUACCCCAUGUAAACAGGCCCUAAAUGUGUUCAAAGUUUUCAUGCCGGUUAAUUGUAGAAAUGUUAAGUGAAAAUUGAAAGAUACUUCUAGAUUAACUAGAUUAUAAAUCAGAACGUAACGCAGCAACAAACCAUUGCCUAAAUAGAGAAUGGGUUUUACUGAUUUGAGAAGUAAAGCUGUUUCACAUAGAUUUGUGACAAACAACAUCAGCCAUAUGCAUACAACACAUCAAUGGGAAAUUCAAAAUUCAAUGUUUCGGACGCCAGUAAACUGUUUUUUCCGGACUUUUUAAGGGCUGAAAACAUGGUUCGAGUGAUCGAGGGUAAAAUUAUAAUAAAUGAUUUGAAGGGAAACAAAAAUUAGGUGAGUCACAGGAAGGUUCGAGUUAUCAAGUGUUCGAGUUACCAAGGGUAAAAUUACAGUAAAUGUAUGACGGAAAUCCAGAGGAAAUCGAUUUUGGUUCGAGUUAGCUCGAGGUUCGAGUUAUAGGGAGUCAACUGUAUUUUGUUUCCUACGGAUAAUUGUUUAGUAAAACGCAAAAGGUCCCUCCUCCAUACCGGUGUGUGUACCACCCCGGUCGUAGGUUUUCUUUAGCUCACAAAAAUCCAGAGUACAUGGGGCUGACCUUUUAAGUUCCAGUGGAGCACUUUAUUACCCACUUCCCCCUUUUAAGGCACACCAAGUUGUUGUUUUGUUGCUGUUCAGUAUAAUUUAUUUGGGUCCCCAAACAUGAGGAAGUUGAUUAAAAACACGUUAAAUUCACUGUGAAUGAAGUUGUUGGAAAUGAGGUCCUAAGAAAUUGCUAUGUUCCUUGCGUCUGGUAGAAAAAGAGGGAAAUUGUUUUAGUAACAUCCCUAUUGCCCUGUGUUAUUAACAGUGGUACUUGAAACAAUUAUAGUUUGAUUCUUUUGAAAUUCAUGGAUGAUUUACAUAUAAUGCAAACCUUAAAGUAUGGAAAACACAAUAUUGUUUCAAGCAUCUCGAAUAAAAACAUUUACGUCGCAUUUGACUCAUCCCUUUGUUAUUUUCUGACUUAUCUUUUGAAUUGGUACGUAUUAAACGUUAGUGGGACAUGUACCCCUGUAUCACUAUGUCACACUUGCAUAGUUUUCUUACUAUUUGUUCUACUCUCACUGGUUUCCUUGUGGUUAUUGCCAUUAUGAUUUCGCUUAGCACGAAGUCUGCAAAUGUCAGACGUCAUCCCUUAUUUAGGUAAAGCUAUACAGUAAGCCACAUGCAUUCAUAGACUGCCUAUUUUUAAAUACGCGCAAGUUCAAAUAAAUGAUAUAGCAAGAACAAGAAAAUCCAAGGGAGACUGUUUCAGACACAUACUCAGUCCUAAAUGGGCUUUUAACAUGGCGGCUUGAAAGUGUCUUUACAUGGACUGUAAGUAUUUGCUAGAAAAAAAAAACAGGUAUUUAGCCUGUGUGAAACCGUGCCCGUGAGUCACGCGCUGCUACUCACGUUUUUUUUUUCUAACGGCGUCGACUCUACUCUAUGCCCAAGAAACCACAACCGCUCAACUGCGAAGUUACUCUUGUUUUCCUGAUCGCUUGGUAAUUCUAAAUGAGGAUAGAAUCUUUCAAACGAUUAGAAGAAGGGAUUCUGAAGAAAAUCCAAAACAUUUCUAACUAUCGGGCAUUUCGUGUUUUUAAAACUCUUCCCGGCUGCCGGGCAUAUAACCACAGCGAUUUGUUAAAUCAGUUGAAUUUAAUCUUGUCAACUUGGCUUCACUGUACCCUAACGCGCGGAAUAGGCUCUUACGCUUAAAAAUUUGUCGUUCAACUUGUGUUGUCAUCGGCUAAUUCUCACAGUGGUUUAAUUCCCUACAAUACUUGAUCAGAAAAGUUACAUAAAAGUUUAAUAGUUGUAGCUGUGUUUUAAAGUAGAUUUGUUAGUCGCGUGAUAUAUUCAAGGCUCACGUUACAUCUGAGUAUUUGGCUUGCACAGCGUGAUUACCCAUCACAUUAUACAGCACGAUUGACACGAUUUAUAUUAUUUGGCUUCCUCUAAUUUGUCCCAGUGAGUUUCAUUUUCGUUUGUUCUCUCAGAAGGAAAAGAAAGGUCCUAACAGCUUCUAAAGCGGUGUACACUACUUUGAAGCUGCUGUUUACGGUAUGUAAAUAGCUCAGUCCGUAGAGCCCUUGACUGCAGAGCUGGCGGUCGCGGGUUCGCCUGAUUCCUAGGGCCGAACCAAUACUGAGGGUCAUAUAUAACUGGGGAAUGAAAGUACUGUCUUUGUCCUGCAAACGGCUGGUCCUUGACGUGGCUCGGAUGACCACUUUAAAUUUCGGUCCCGUCUCCAGUAGCAAACGUGAAAAUUGUGUUUACAAUUAUAAGUACUUUUGUGCUAAAUACAUAGACACUCAAAUAAACUUCUUUUUUUUGUAACUGUAAAAAAGAAAAUUGAUUCAACGAUCGUUAAUUGUAGAUAAAGAAUUUUCACUUGGCGAGAAAUAUGUUGUGCAAACGUAAUACCCACCUGAAUACCUUGAAUUCUUUAAGAUACCUUGGGUCAUUUUGGUGUUUGUUUGGUUGAAAAAGGUGCAACAUAAGGUCUCAAACUAUUUGACCUUUUUGUGUCUCCAGUAUGAUGUAGCUGUAAACAGACAUGUCAGAAGCUGCAACGAACUACAAUUCAAAUAACAGCGAUGCUAGCCCACCUCAGCUGGCUGUUGGUCUUCUAUCCAUAAACAAGAACGCUCUUAGUAGCGUUGGGUCUCGCUUGCUUGGAGAUAAGUUUCGUCAAAGGCGCCGGUGCUGUUAUACUACUUUUUCGUUUGGAAUACAAAACGAGUGUUGCAUUUCAUAAUGUAAAUACUCAAAAAGUAAAAAUUGCAAGGAAAGACAGCCCGAACACCUUAGCCUCAAACCGGUGUGAAACCUUUUAAAACCUUCUACAUAUUGAUAUUGCUCCAUUGAGGAGUACUCUUUCAGGGAUUUUACACUCAAAAAAUUGAACGAUGAUUUUCAUCGGUAUCAGGGGCCCAUGACUCUGCCAUUAUAAAUAGCUUCUUUGUACCGGACCAAGAUACGGUUCGGCACAGUAUAUGUUCAGCACAGGAAAAAUGUGUGAGUUUAACAGAACCUUAUGCAACACACAGUUAAUUUAGUUCGCGCUUAUUCCUGCUGAAUUUGUUGUCCGUUUUAUAAGAUAUCAAUAUUGCGUGAAAGUAAUUACAUUUUCCAUAGCUGCUUGGUAUCUACUUUUAAUAUCUUCGUACAGUCUCUGAGUACAAUGUUUUGAGUUGUACACAGCAUGCAUUUUAGAUAGAUAGAUAGAUGGAUGGAGGACGGGAGGGAGGGAGGGAUGCAUGGAUGGAUAGAUAGAUCGAUAAGAACUUUAUUUUGGCGCGAUAAAAAGAUCAGCAUUGCUGGUGGGGUCGUCCAUACAACAAUUGCAAGAAAAAUACGGAGUACUGAAAGCAAAUGUACAAUUAAAAAUUAAAAACUGUUAAAGUUUUUUUUUUCCUUUUAUUACAGUAUCACUGGGAUAAAGCGUUUCAUUUUCCAGGAAAAUUUCACUUUCUUGUCAGACUCGGAUAAGUUUACUUGAAUUUAGUGUUCAGUACAGCGAACGGGGUUAUGUUCUGUGAAAUUUAUUUGCAGUCUGCGGCCCACAUCACCACUGAUCCACGAUUUAUUUAGUUAUUUCAUUUUCAAGUUCUUUUUAACCGAUCCUCGAUCCCAGAUUCCUCGAUCCUCGAUCCUGAUUUUCCAGUAAACCUUGAAGUUUUGCUCACUAAGAUUAUUCUUUUUUUUUUUCGACCACUGAAGUGAUCAGUUGUUCCAAAAUAAUCAACACUUUCAAGCGAUAGAAUUCUUGGACCAACCUGUUCCGGAAAAGCUCGAUAUGGGAUUUCUAUUCUAUAGACAUGAAGUGCUGCAAGUAGAGUGCGCGGAUAGUCAAGUUCAAAGCUACCCGUACAAACACAUCCGUGACGCAUACGUAACAUUAGGGUGGAUUUCCACUAGCGCGUUUUUGGCUCCGCACGUUAACGCACGUAAAUUUUAAUCACGUAAAUAAAAUAGAGGUAAGAUAUAAAGUGUUGAGAUUAAAUGUCAAAUUGAGCGAGUUUCUACUUUUAGGCUUAUAUAAUUGUACGUGCGGCCUUUCAUACAUUGCCUCUAUUUUAAUUGCGAACGCAAAUUUUACGCACGUACUCACUAAAGAAUUAAGUGACAGUGGAUACUUGAUAUCUCAAGUAUUUAUAAAGUCCAGCACGACUUCACAUCUUAACAACUGCGAAAAUCUAUCACUUAAAUACAUAAAACAAGGGAAUCUAUUUAACCGUAGAUUUCCUGUAAUUGCGACAAUAUUCUGAGAAACGUAACGCCUUAAAACACCACAAAAUAGGAUUUCCCCGCUAUAACAUUUUCUCAUCCUACUUGGGGAUAUUUCCUUUUUAAAGUGCCUGCAUGUCGUGCAUAAUUACACGAAAAUCAAGGGCCUCCAUUCGAGGAAAAUUACAUCAUUGCCAAACUUACUUGUGUCAUUUCAGUCAUCGCCGAAAAUGAACCGCAUUCUCAUUACGAGACUCAUUUCCAUACAAUGAAAGUCGUCACGAUUCUGAUACCCAGUUUCCACGGUCUUCGCCAGGAACGCGGGGCCUACGAACUAGGUCCCACCGACAAAAAAAAAAGCCACUGCAUUUAGCCUGCAGUGCAGGCGUAUUUUGGGUGGGCGAAACCUUGAUGGUGUUCGUGAUAUUAUUGUAGCCGCCAUCUUUGAUUUUAUGACAGGGGAAGAUUGGGAAGAGUAGAAAUAGUAAGCAUUACGGUAGGUGCGAGGGCGAAAGAAGGAAAGGGGGGAGGGGGAGGGGAGAAAAAAAAUACGCCUACCCGAUAUCAUUAUUCUUUUGGGAAACUCCGUACGCUGGCAAACGGAGCUCCUGAUUGGUGCGGCAUAGGGAAGUAGAUUGAUGCCUGUCAAUUAACUGUAAGUCUAUAUUGUUUAUUCCGUUUCCGUCAGUCUUUUGGAACUGGAGCGGCUGGGAAUGUCGCGUGUAUAUAAACGGUACGCAAUGAGAAAGUCAAAGCGAUUUCUAAACUGGUUAUCAGGACACGAUUUGCUGGCAGUACUAAAACCUACUCCACUUUUUCCUCAUGCCAAAAUGCUGCUUGUUCCAAUAUGUUUUGUUUCUGGCGAGUAGAUUAUGCUCUAGCAAAUGUGAUAUUGGCCGCUUGUUUCACACUGAGAGGUCAUGACACGCUUAUUGAUUUUCUGUGGUUUUUGAAUUUCUGGUCUUCAUGAUUUGCCCUCUGAUGCAAGAGUUUUUUCUUUGACCUGUUUUGAAGUGUAAAGCUCUUUUUGUCGCUAAAUAAGGCUGUUAGGUUCUUUAUAUUUGUCCAAAGUGCCUCAGGAUCUGAAUAACUAAGCGAUUUUCUUUCUAAUCCGAGAAUGUGAUGUUUUCCUGCAAUGUUGUAUCACGCUGGGCCCAGCUCGUUAGUUUUUUAAAUUGUUUGCAGGAUGUUAAACUCUCACGGAUGAAUUGCAGCUUAAACUGAAGCUUCAUCAGCUGUGGAGUUCCAUUGUGACUCCAGCUUGCUUUUCUUAAGACAAUGCGAGUCUUUGGACUGGAGCGACUGUUUGGUUGUUUUGUUAUUGUCGGCUACUCAUUUCCGGAAGAGCGGUCACGCGUGUCUAAUUAGGGGGUGUUUCUCAUUUUCACAGUGUUUUCGGGCAGGAGUUUUCUCUUCUCUCUCCCCGCCUCCCUUCCCCCCACCCCCGCUCCCUUUGACUCGCCCUAUCUCCUCCUCUCCUCGGGGAGUUUCAACAUGGCGCUUUCGCGAGCAAAUUGCGCGCUGAAAGAAAACGCCUGCACUGCAGGCUAGACUGCAUUUUAAGAGUCUCGCUCUGCUUAAGCAAGCUCGACUGAAUAUGUUACAACAGUAUUGAAACAACCAGAUCUACCUGUUGAUGUUCUACUUUUAACGGUUAAACGCGGGUAUAGGUUCUUAUUUUUGUCAUUAAGGUAUUUAUUCGGAUUGCAACGUUAAGAAUUUAAAAGAAGCUUCUCUUGUGGACUUGGUUAAAUUUAUAUAUCGAUGCACAUUAAUAUCUAUGACUUCUAGCAAAACGUGACUUUUCUUUUGCUCGAUGUAAUCGGCCGAUAGAAACAGGGUCAAUGUCCAAAGCGAGUGGUUUACAGUACCGCAAAUGGUCCCCAAAAUGGACCUUAAAACCUCGACCGCAAAAUGAUCCCCAUCGUCGACUGCAAAUAAUCCCAAGAGCAAAGUUAGCCUGUGAACAGGCCUUUGGUCAAGCGGGGAACUAGGGAGAGGGAAAAGCGAAAAGGCUCUCUCUCCCCCCCUUGCCCUUCCCUUUCCUUGCAUUUUUUUUCCCAAACAGAGAGCCUGUUCACAGGCUAGAGGAAAGUCAGAAUGGCUCGGUUUCAAAUUUAAAUACUGGAUCAUCGAAUAAAUUUUGCUUCACAAAUGCCAAAGCAGGAAAAAAAGAACUCACCGAAAACUACAUUUAAAACUUUGUUCCCUCAAUGAAACACAAAUGAAUGCAAACAAGAAAAAAACAUAAAGAGUAUCAAAGCAACACCUGCAACAAGAAAAUAGCUCUUCAACAGCAAUGCAGUGUCUUGCUUAAUUACUGGUUAACAUUAAAGUUCAACUGAACAAAACUUCAACAUACUUUACAUCAGUUAGUUACAAUAUCUUUCAGGAAAAAUUUCACAAAUCUGAUGUAUUGGAGCAUGUCCAGCCCUGGCCAUGAAAUCCAGAGUUUCUUCACUUCUUACUUAGUUCUACACUUGCCAGAGGUGUGGAAGUGUGGAAUAGUCUGACAAAGUAAGGAUAUUGUCGCACUUUCCCCCCAGUCAUGAACCCCUUGUCAUUCUUUACCUUGUUCCACACUUCUCAGAGGUGUGGAAGUGUGGAAUAGUCUGACAUAGCAAGGAUAUUGUCGCACUUUCCCCCCAGUCAUGAACCCCUUGUCAUUCUUUACCUUGUUCCACACUUCUCAGAGGUGUGGAAGUGUGGAAUAGUCUGACAUAGCAAGGAUAUUGUCGCACUUUCCCCCCAGUCAUGAACCCCUUGUCAUUCUUUACUUAGUUCCAGACUUCUCAGAGCUGUGGAAGUGUGGAAAAGUCUGACAAAGUAAGGAUAAUGUCACACUUUUCCCCCAGUCAUGAACCCUUUGUCAUUCUUUACUUAGUUCCAGACUUCUCAGAGGUGUGGAAGUGUGGAAUAGUCUGACAAAGUUAGGAUAAUAUCACACUUUUCCCAUAGUCAUGAACCCUUUGUCAUUCUUUACUAAGUUCUACACUUCUCAGAAGUGUAGAAGUGUGGAAUAGUCUGACAAAGGAAGGAUAAAGUCACACUUUUCCCAUAGUCACUAAUCCUUUGUCAUUCUUUACGUAGUUCUACACUUCUCAGAGGUGAAGUGUGGAGUUGUAUGACAAGUCGAGUUUAAUGUAGCACUUUCCCUGAGUCAUGAGAAGCUCAGUGCGCUUUAUGAGCACUUGGCUUUAUUUCAGUAUCGUUGUUUUACAUUUUUCCUUAAGAACUAUUUUUAUUUUGAAUAGAAGAUAUAACCAUUGUUUCAAUUCCAGCUGUUGAAAGAAACUUAAAAUUAAGAAACCCGAUCUCCAACCAAUCUUUCUUCCUUAUCAGUAUGCUUCAACUUUGAUCAUUGUUAGAUCAAGCCAUAUAUCCACUGUUUCGUAGUUUUUCCUCUUAUCUAAGAUUAUGUAAAUGCUGAACAUAAAUUAUGAAAAAGGCAAAGUGUCCUCUGUUCAUUUUCCUUGUCAUUUUUGCAUAUUUUGACAGCGAAGAGAAUUUCUGCUCGCAAACUUCUGUGUCAAUCUGUAGGUGGUACACAAAGAGGUCAGAUGACAACAUCAAAACGUUUGUAUCGCUUCAUGCUAUAAUGCACUUAUAUGCCGCCAAAAGAUUAAUGACCGCGAUUAACUGAUAACCUAGUAAGUGAUAGGAUUAAAAUAAAUUUGUUCUGGCGGACGACCUGUUUAAAAAUGAAUCUGAGAUCGUUCUAGUACUAAAAAAAAUUAAUAACAAUUGCACACCACUUCUUUUCCCUCUCAUUGCCCCUUCGAGCUCUUUUACGUUGUUUGCGUCGCAGGCGAGCGGCUCGAGGCCAAGAAACCUCGAAAAAGAAUUCACCUUAGAGUGACUCUCUAAAGACGAAGAGGAGGGUGGACCAUGCAAAUAUUUUUGUCACGUGCCGUAGAGAUAACACAGUGAUCCCCCUUUACCACAGAGCGAUUUGCAGGUAGCUACUUUAGACCGAUAAGUCACAAUUAUUACUUUACACAGUACGCUAUAUAUUUUUAGACGAAUUUAGGUCAUGAACCGUAUGUAGGAUUAUAUCAAUGACAAUUCAUCUGAGCAUUUAUAAACUUUAUCAAGUUGAUCUUUUAGCGUUGUCACGAUCUUAAGAGACCUAUUCCGGUCCUAUUCGACUAACUCAAUGUUGUACCCAAUUCAAAUCUCCCGGGGUAAGAUUCUUUAUGUAUUGUAUUUGCAUUAUAAUGUGGCAUUCACAUUUUUAAAAAUGAUAUGGGAAUUCCUGAAGCGAAUUAAUAUAUGGCUCAUUAAGAUAAAAAAUUUCAAACAUACAAAACCAAAGAUAAGAUGAUGUUUUUGAGGUUUCCGUUCAAAAAAAAAUAUAUAUAUAUAUAUAUAUAAACGAAGAUAAAGGACUGGCGGGGACUUCGUGACAGAGAAAACGUGCUUGUUUUCUGGUCGGGUAUUCAAACAGAUGGCAGUGAAACAAGGCUAAUAUCUUCCAGUCACAGAUUUGUUGUCUAAACGUAAAGAUGGCAUUUAAAAAAAUGUAAAAUGAAUUGCAGAAAUAAAACCAACUAAUACUCACCACUGAGUGUAACUAAAGAAAGAAUGUCAAGGGAUUCUUGACUGGGGGAAAGUGCGACAACAUCCUGACUCUGUCAGGCUAUUUCAUACUUCCACACCUUUGAGAAGUGUAGAACUAAGUAAAGAACGACAAGGGGUUCGUGACCAGGGGAAAAGUGUGACAUUAUCCUAACUUUGUCAGACUUUUCCACACUUCCACACCUCUGAGAAGUGUGGAACUAAGUAAAGAAUGACAAGCGGUUCAUGACUGGGGGGAAAGUGUGACAUUCAUCCUUACUUUGUCAGACUAUUCCACACUUCCACACCUCUGAGAAGUGUGGAACUAAGUAAAGAAUGACAGAGGUUUCGUGACCAGGGGAAAAGUGUGACAUUAUCCUUACUUUGUCAGACUACUCCACACUUCCACACCUCUGAGAAGUGUGGAACUAAGUAAAGAAUGACAGAGGUUUCGUGACCAGGGGAAAAGUGUGACAUUAUCCUUAUUUUGUCAGACUUUUCCACACUUCCACACCCCCGAGAAGUGUGGAACUAAGCAAAGGAUGACAGAGGUUUCGUGACCAGGGGAAAAGGGUGACAUUAUCCUGACUUUGUCAGACUACUCCACACUUCUACUCAUCUGAGAAGUGUGGAACUUGGGAUGAGAAAGGAAAGUAGGGUUAUUUCACACUUCCACACCUCAGACAAGUGUAGAAGUAAGGAUGAAAAAGGAAAGAAGGGAUCUUGUGGCCAGCGCUGGACAUUUGUGGAAACGAACCCAGACAUAGGCGUACGGGCAAUUUUUUGCCAGGAGGGGCGGUAAACCAUUUGCCCAAAAAAUUCUUGCAAGUUGCCCAAAUUUUUACAAAACAGUCGAACAGAAACGAGGGCCAUACGAUGCAACAACAUAGGCCGUACUAGCAUAUGAAAGUGGCUCGAUACAGUUUUUCAGGGUCAAUACCUGUGAAGUUUGGUUGAGCAUAGACUACGACACCAUAAACAAACAUUUGGAAAAAUUGCCACCACAGUUGUAUUAGCUAUAGAUAAAGAUGAAAAUUUGUUAUGAUCAUGGUUGCAAUAACAUCAAAGUUGUCAUAGCAACCAAAUGACGUCAUUACCAAUUAUACUUGCAGCAACAUUUCUCACUGGGAACUGUUCUUCCAAAAUCGUUCAUGUGAGCAUUUUCCUCCAAUAGUCGCCUCGAUGUUCGUGAAGUUAAAACGGAAUCUGUAAGAGCAUUGCGGAGAUAUUUUGCGACAAAGUUUUUAUCGUUAGAAAUACGGUAAAAAAGGAAAAUCUUGAUGUUUGGCCGUAAUCUGUAGAAAACGAAGUGCUUUUGACAUGCAAUUUCACCUCAUAGUAGUUUCAAUCUUUUUAAAACGUGGGUAAAAGAUCAUGGAGCUCUGACCAUGAUGUAUCAUGGCGCUCUUGUUAGCGGUUUUGUAAACAUUUCGGUCUACUUUAACAAAUUAGUGAAUAAUUUAAUUUUUAAACCACUCGAUAGAUUUUUUUUUUUUUAAUUACGAUUCUUGGCGUAAUUCAAACUGAGAAUUAGUCGGCCACUUCUUCACUUUCAGACCCACUGCUGAUGCUAUCUGCCAUACACUGUUCUACGAGCGGAGAUGAUUCUAGAAAGUUAGGCGGAAGUUUAUUCUUAUCAAUUCACGACUGGAAAUAGCCCACUGCAGUACAGUGCCCGACAAUAAAAAAAAUCAGCACAUGAUACCCUUCCCUUAUAACCAGAAACUCCUUACGUGCUAGGCAACCACUGUCUCGUGUGAAUGUAACAGUACUGGAUUAUUACGCCAACUUCAGGUUAAGAUAGAAAAUAUUUAUCUCCUCAAAAUAAUGAUUUAAAAAACACGGAAACGUCUUAAAAAACUGAUUUUGCCCAAAUUUUCUCUUGCUGCCCAAAAAAUCUGAGUUGCCCAAAAUUUGGGGGGGCUGCAGCCCCCCUCGCCCCCCCGGCCCGUACGCCUAUGACCCCAGAUACAAGUACAAGUGACCCUGAGUGAAAGGGCAACAUCGUAUUAGGUCGGCAAGGCUUACAUUGAGCAAUGUUAUUGAUAGUCUUUAUACUAGAGCCCAUUAAGCUAAGAAAUAUUUCAAGACAAGUAAAUUUUAAUUACCUCAAGUAAAAUAAAGCUUCACACACAACCGAUUCUUUUUUUACUUCAGGUUGACUUAAGGCUAUUUUUCCACGCAACAUAAUUAAGGUUGAUCGACAUGUUUCGCUUUUCUCAAAGCUCAAGAAACCGCAAGUCAGCUGAGUCGGUUAUAAGGAUGGUUUUCAAGUCGCUUGAAACUUUCUUGAAUCGUUUCAACUUUCCGACUUUAAUGAGAUGAAAAGUGAAGUUUCUUGAGAUUUUACUUAGGCCUUUACACGCGCAUUUUUGGUUAAGUAAAACUUAGCACCUCUUAAGUCGAUCUUACUUAACAGCCUAUUGUAUAAAAGACAACCAAUUGAUACACAAGUAAUUUUUCUUAGGAGAAUAAAUUGUAUAUAGCUUCUUUGGGAGGCCUCUUCGUGUGCGAUUCUGUACCUUCCAGUGACAUUGCAAUUCUAGUAAUUAAGACAGUACUCAAGACAUGUAUAAAUUCAGUGAUAAAAUGUCAAAUAAGAAUGACUUACAAGGGCUCACUUAUUGAGCUGCCUCUUUUUGGAAGUUAUUGGGUCUAAGAGCAUGUUUACAAUUUGGGCAAUCACCUUGUAAUCACAGUCAACGUACAUCUACCUUUUGGCUAGCAUGCACUGAGUAUAGACUAGUCCCUUAUUCUCCCUGCAUGGGAUUUAAGAACACUAGGUUUAACAUACAUAACGCUACAAAGUUUACUAUACUCAGAACCUUUCACGCAGAAAUUACUCUUUUCCGCGACGGGAAUAAUCCAACUAGCCCUUCUGUACUGCCCUUUUUAAUUUUGUUUGAGCAUGUUUAGGUUACGAUCGGUACGUACACAAUCACAUCUGUGUUCUUGCCAAUGAACCCCUAAUUUACAGUUGCGGGUAGAACUAAACAGAGGAUGCUUUGCUCUAGAAAAUUUGUAAUCAUCUUUGGUUCGAGCGGACCUGUUCAUCGAACAGUUGCUUGCACUUGCUGAGUGUCGGCUCUUUAAGUUUAACUUUAGGGCAUGGCAGAAAUGCUGCAUCCUUUCCUUACUAACCCUAGGCAGAUUCUGCGAGCGAAUAUUGAUCAAUAUUUCUUCGUAGAAGAAUGCUUUCGUUCGAGCUUUUACUCUGACUAUCCGCCAUUUUGAAACUGGACUUUUUAAAAAGUCAGGGAAAAUCCGGUAGCCAGGUCCCCGCGUGGUAUGAAAUUAGGCAAUAAAGUCCUUAUAAAUAGUCGCGACAUUUUCACGAGCUGUAGUUGCUAAGUGUAUUUCGAAGUAAACAGAAAACCUCUACAGAGUGAUAAAUUCAGGGGUCAUAUUUCCAUAUUUCUAGGCGUUAAAAUAAAAGACAAGCUUCCUGCUUAAAAAUAUUUUCACAGUAACGAAACAUCAAAUGCUUGAAAGAAAGGAGAAACAAUUGCAAAAAGAAACAGGUUAUUUUUGUUCUAUUCAUUUCAUUGUUUCACGCGUUGUUUAAGUUCUCAGCACAUUUACCAUCAAUGCCUAAAAUCUAUUUCAUUUCUCUACUUUUCACGGGAUCAUUUGCGGUGUGGGGAUCAUCUGCCGUUAGGGAUCAUUAGCGGUACUGUACUUGACCCGUCCCCAGUAGUCUCUUUUGUCUCUUAAUUAGAUAUAACGAGGGAUGCGCGUGGAGAAUGCGCGCGGAUGGAAGAUGCCCUCUAUCCUUCCCGUCGCCCCCUUCACCGAGAUGCCGUAAAAGUCUCCCGCGACCGUUCCAUGACCGCUUACAAAUGAUAAGAGACGACUGGGGACGAGUCAGAUACGGUGCAGUGGACUGGUGUGGCGGAAUGGUCAUGUCCUUAAUUUGGUAGACGUAGAUAAUCAAUUUUUUAAAGAUUAUGCGGAGUUAUUUUUCAGUGAUAAUUAAUCACAGAGUGAAAGAGCUGUUCCAGUGAUUGGAUGCUUCAAUCAGUUAUUCUUUGUUCUUUUCAUUGAAGAACCUUUUCGAGGGCAAAAGAAAAGAAAAAGAGAGAAAGAACUGGAGAAGGAAGUGGGCUAUUCUUAGAAACUGAUUCACUUGGCAUAAAAUUAAAUCCUUCAUUGCUUUUUGAAUUCAUAGUAGAAACUCCAAAAGAAAAAGGAAAGAAAAAAAGCAGUCUGAGUCGGAUGAAGGUACGCAACUUGUCGCAGAACCUUUUUGUUUCGUAAAACCCAUCAGCUAUUAUCAAGAUAGGAUAAAAAGACACGAUGAGACGGUUGUUAAGCAACCUCGUCCCUAGGGUCUUCUCUCGUUUUUCCAAUUUAUUGGCGGCAAACCAAAACAAGAGGGUCUUCUCUUCUCUGCUGCCGCCAUAUUGCCUCACGAAAAGACCCUGGUGAUGAGGCCAGGCAGUAAGUGCAACGCUAAGCAUGUUUCGCACGGGCCUUGAAAAGUCCUUGAAAAUUGAAAAAUUGUAGGAUAUCCUUGAAAAGUCCUUGAAUUUUCGACAGAAGUCCUUGAAUAUUUUUGAAAGCAACUUGAAUAAAAUAACCUUUGUUAAAAAAAGUGUUUUGCCCAAAAGAAAGAUUGAAAGCACAGCAGUUCGCAAAUUUUCUUGGUUGUCAUGAAAGUGUGUUUUCUUGUGAUUUCAAUGUUCCUGGCAUAGUUUAUUUUCCGUUAUUUGAGGUACCCUAGGAACCGUGCCUUCCUGGGGGAAGGUAUUGCAAUAAGCAAACCCCACACCACCUACGAAUUUGAAAGGUCUUUACUUCAUGUCAUUCUAUGUCAAGUUACAGGGAAAAGAAGUCCUUGAAAAAAUUACUUUGGUCCUUGAAAAGUCCUCCAAAACUUCUUGAUUUUUCCGCCAAAAAUUCUGUAUGCACCAUGGCUAAGCUACCAUUCUUUUUUAGGUCGAAAUCUGUGCUUUAAAAAUGCUUUUGGUCAACUAAUAAGCACGAGAUUGAACCCUUUUUUAGCUUUUCUCCUUUUUAUUGUAGAACAUUCAGGAGAUAAACAGAAGAGGAAAACAAAAGAGUUGACUAAAGGUACGUGACAUUCCACAUGUACUUUCCUCUACCCUCUAACAGAACCUCUUCUUUCUGUAUCAACAGUUUACAAAGCGUAGCCCAGGUCUACCAUUCAAAGUUGCUCUGCAGUUCUCUACCUUUAUGGGGCGAUUGGCGAUCUAUUGGGUCCUUAGUAUCAAGACUCUAUCAAAUUGAUAAUUACGAUUAUUUUUGUAACAGCGAAAGUCUCUGUAAAUGACCCCAAAUAAAGGUAUGACCCCCCCCCUUUGGGGAAUUCUUUGCUUACAGGUACAAAAACUCCGUCUACCCGUUCAUUCGUAUCUCAUUCCCUGAUUUUGUAUCUUUGUAACUGUCUCCAACAGCAAAGGUACGAGAAAUGCAUACACAGGCUCGUGCCGACCGAGUCCUUUUAAAUAGUCACGACAUUUUCAAGAGCUGUAAUUGCUAAGUUUAUUUCGAAAUAAACCGAAAACCUCUAUAGAGUGAUAAAUGUAGGGGUCAUAUUUUUCUUAUUGCUAGGCGUUGAAAUAAAAGACAAGUUUCCUGCUUAAAAAAUUUUCACAGUAACGAAACAUCAAAUGCUUCAAAGGAAGGAGAAACAAUUGCCAAAAGAAACAGUUUGGUUAUUUUCGUUUUAUUCAUUUCAUUGUUUCCCCUUUUUUUCGAGUUCUCAGCAUAUUUACCAUCAAUGCCUAACAUCUAUUUCAUUCCCCUACUUUUCACGGGAUUAUUUGCGGGCGACAAUUACCGUAAAUGCUCGAAUUAGCGCCCGGGGCGCUUAUUUAAUUUUCUAAGGCGAGAGCGGGGCGCUAAUUCGAAGGGGGGCGCUUAUUUCGUUUAUCAAUUUUAGCCUCAAAAUGACACUAUCUUUACCGAAAAUUGCCUCGUAAUUCCAGGAACUUUUAAGGCAGUAACAAGGAGCCGGCAAUUGGGAGCAAAGUUUUACGAGGAACUUAAUAAAGAGAAGCAGCUAUGUGCUCACAUGGAUAUUUCUAUCAAGGAAAUGGGAAGCAAACCAGUGCGACUUUGAAAGGACAUCAGAGACCGUAAACGUCUCGUAUAUCGUACCGAGUACCGAAACUCAUUUUUUUUCUCGGGGGGGGGGGGGGCGCUUAUUAAAAAUUUUGAGCCUUAGGAGGGCGCUAAUUCGAAUUGGGGCGCUUAUUUGAAGCUGGGCGCUAAUUCGAGCAUUUACGGUAGGUUCAUUUGCCGGCGACAAUUGGCAUCAUUUGCGUUCGGGGAUCAUCUGCGGUUGGGGAUUACUGGCGGUACUCUACAGUAGACUGGUGUGGCGGAAGGGCCACUAUACUUAGCAUCAUAAUCAAAUGCAAAGGAUGCAUGUUCUUAAUUUGGUAGACGUUGACUAUCAAUUUUUUAACGAUAAUGGGGAGUUAUUUUUGAGUGAUAAACACAGUGAAAAAGCUGUUCCAGUGAUUGAAUGGUUCCUAUUCUUUGUUCUUUUCAUUGAAGAACCUUUGCGAGAACAAAAGAAAAGAAAAAGGGAGAAAGAACUGGAGAAGGAAGAAGGUACCCACAACACUCUCUUUAUAUAUUGUCAUACCUUUUUAAAAGAACAAGACUUUAUUUUGUCUUGUGAUACCCAAUAUCAAGGGUCCUUUUUUUUCCUUUAAUUUUAUGACAGAAGAACCUUCAGGAACAGAACAGAAAAGAAAAAGGUGAAAAAAAGAUGACUGAUCAAGGUACGCUACAUUCACUACUUUCAUAUUUUUAAAAAAGUUUGAGUCGAACAUCCCUAAUUUUGUUCUGUUAAACCUGCGAUCAUAAACAAUGGAAACAGGUUUCGGAGAAGACCCACGAGAUGGGUGCGUCUACAACACAAGCCUUUAAUCCCCCUUUUCAUGGAGUGAAAUUUUGAAACAGUUUUCCGGAAAAACUACGACGUUACUUACCUAUAUAUUUCCUUAUUUUGUCCAAAAACAAGAACUUGAAAAGCAUAAGAACGUAACAAAUAAAGUUUGUUUUCACAAUACAUGUCUGCUUCCAAUCAACCAUAUCAGCAUUAACAAUGUCAAAAAAAAAAUAAUAAUAUGACACAUUGUUGCUGGGAAAGUGCGGCACUUUGUCGUCGGCGACGCUUACUAUACCCAUUAUUUGAGUGGUCCGGGAUGUUUGUGACUUUAUAAUAGUGGCAUAUCAAGUGAUUUACUUGGCAUGAAAUUAAAUACUUCAUUGCUUUUUAAAUUCAUAGUAGAAACCCCAAAAGAAAAAGAAAAAGAAAAAGCAAAAAUCACCGGAGUGGGAUGAAGGUACCCACCUUGUCGCAGAACCUUUUUGUUUCGUAAAACCCAUCAGCUAUUAUCAAGAUAGGAUAAAAAGACACGAUGAGACGGUCGUUAAGCAACCUCGUCCCCAGGGUCUACUCUCGUUUUUCCAAUUUAUUGGCGGCAAACCAAAAGAAGAGAACUCUUCUCUUCUCUCCUGCGGCCAUAUUGCGACACGAAAAGACCCUCAGUGGAGACGAGGCCAGGCAGUAAGUGCAGCGCUAAGCUACCAUCCUUUUUUUAGAUAGAAAUCUGUGCUUAAAAAUGCUUUUUGUCAACUAAUAAGCACGAGAUUGAACCCUUUUUUAGCUUUUCUCCUUUUUAUUGUAGAACAUUCAGGAGAUAAACAGAAGAGGAAAACAAAAGAGUUGACUAAACGUACGUGACAUUUCACAUGUACUCGAUCAGGUUUUUGCAAAAUCAAUUCUAUUUUGUAUUCUAAUUUUGAGAUAUCUUCGUUUCUUCACAUUGUCUAUGAAAGUCAACAAAAUAAGCGCUCUCACAUGUUUUCCUAAGUACGCAUGCUCAACACUUGUGCGUGCGCUGGGGUCACCUGAUAUUACAAAACAGAAUAAAUUUCUACAGACAGAAAGAUAGAAAACUUUCUUAAUAUGUCGGAGCCGUAUAGGUUGGGAAAAACCCCAUACUAAUAAUGUAUUACAAUCUAAUGAGAAUCUAAAAUGACUGAGAGAGAAUUGUAAAAUUAAAUGAUUACGAUGAGCAGAGAGAACAGCUCUUAUAUCCAUCAUCUAUCAUUGAGCUUAUGUCAUUCUUACGAACUCUGCUUUUACAGUCAACUUCUAGCCGUUUUUCUCAGCUGGUCCUCAGAUUUUUUUCUAGAAAAUUCCAUUGACUGCAUAUCUUCUCAUAAUAAAGAAGUUAACAGUAGAUUCAAGCGGCGAAACCUUUUUAUUUACCUUUUUAUUUUUCUUCACAUUACGUCAGUCUAUUUUGCGCACGGAAACAACUGCGUCAGUGAAAUUUCUCAGCGCGCCCAAUUCUGUCAGAGAAACUGUUUUCAGCUACCUUAAGCUAGAGACAGAGGAAACAGAAAAUACCGAGCUUAAUUUGUGCUUUCCAAAGAAAAACGUCAACUUUCUGGGUUUUUUUUCUAUGUAGUAUUUUUGUUUGCUCCUUUUCAAAGAAAUCAAAAAUGGCGGUGUUGUGGACUAUGAUUUGGAAAGGUUAUCAACAGAACUUGGGAAAUAGUGGGAAGCCCUUGCGAAGCGCGAGAAUUAGUUAAUGAAGCUAAACAACGACAAUUAUUAUUAUUACUAGAAAUACGUAUCUCGCAAUAACUCUCGCGAAACUCGGUUUAGUAGCGGCACUCAAGUUAGGCACUGUCGGUCGGGGUUAAGAACUGGAUGGGUUACCUACCGCGAAUAUCGUCGUGAAGGUCCAUACGUUGUUCUUUCUUUUCUUCUUCUUUUUUGCAAAUUGUGUGGUGUUAUUUUUAAAAGUGUAUUGAAAAGCAUAUUUAGCAUUAUUUCGGCCUCCGGAUUUAGAAAAAAACAAAAACAAAGCACAAAUAUGGCCCGGUGCAGUUCGCAUGAAAAUUAUUCAGUGAAUUAUUAUACUUCGGGCCGUAGUACAGAGCUGAAACUUUGCAGACUUUGAUCUAUAUAUCGGCGGGGAAACCGGCAAACUAAUAAAUGUGGGUUUUCCACAGUGUAAAACGAUCAUAAUGCCUCUGAUAUUCAAGUCUACUGUUCCUCUGUUCCUCUGUCUCUUGUUGUCGGCGUUGCCUUCGCUGUGCUAAGAGACGUUCUCUCUGCUCCGCGGUUUCUCGUUGACGUCUUCUCCUUCGCUGUUCACGCUGAAUUUUAAGUCGGCGUUUUCGCUCCAGAGGAGUUUCGGUGGAAAAUCUUCCUCGGCGAGAAUUUGGGCCACUUGUUGUGCUUGUGUGUCUUUUGCAUGGGAAAUUGUUCCUGAUUCACUGAUGGUAAAUAUUGUUUCACAAACGAUGAAUAAACACAACAGCCUUUCAUGAAUAAUACAUGAAAAUGCGCCUUGGUCAUCGGCGGCAAAGUCUAUGUUGCCUGGAAACGCAAAAUGCUCCAUGACGUCAUUGGCGGACACCAAGCAUAUAUUCAUAGAAAGAUUUACUACUUCGGCGGAGCGCGAAGUAAAGGAUUCGCGACGUCCAGGAAUGUAUCAAAGUUGACAUUUUUAGGACAAGAUUGGGCACGCAAAGUCUGUAGGUUUUCGGUUUUAUUCGGCUAUUUGACGAAGUGAGAGCCGAAUUAGUCCGAGAUAUCUCGGGAUCACUUCGAUUUUUUUGAUUUAUUCUUUAACUUAUUCGAGGAAGAAAGAAUUAUUAUUUUGGCUUUCCCGGGGUUUGAACCGACUCACCUCUGUGACCCAAGAUUGGGCGUGCAAGUUCGUGACUUUUCGGCUUGUUUCGGUUAUUUCACGAAAUGAGACCGGACUACUUCAUGAUAUCUUAAGAUCACUUCGAGUUUAGUCUUUAAUUUACUCGAGGAAUAAAUAGAGGAUAUUACAUUGCCGCGCAGAGAAUUGAAAUUUCUCUUCGAGUGUUGAAAAACAUUUCACGAGUGAGCCCUCCUUUCGAACUGUUUUGUGAUGAAUUUAAAGUUACAAAAUGCUGCACAAAGAAGUUUUGUCUUUGUUGAAUGUUACGUAGUAAAAUUGCUUUCAUGCGUUGCGUGAUUUUGUCGAACGUUCUCUACGUUUUUGGAUUAUUCAUGAAUAAUUAAUUAGGGCAUGUUUACAUUUCAGCAUGAGUCAGCAGAUUUGCAUCAGUUACUGAAAUCAUAAAAUAUGUGGAAAAGCUACUACCAUUCGCCUGUUUAGUAUUUUCUAGAGCCUUAUGUCAAACGGUAUACAAGUUCCAAGCGAGUUCUUUUGACGAACUAAGUUUCUUCCCACAAGUCUGGAGUGCUGUGUUUAGUCAAGUGUGACAAAGGUCGAUUUUUCAAGUUGUGUGUUUACAAGUUGGCGGAAGUCGUAAGUUAUCUGAAGUUCAAGUGAGAGUUUGUCAUUAUUGGCAGAGGCUGUUCAGUUUUACUUAAGUUCAAGUCAAGUUUGUGUUGGCGUAUGCUGUGUUUUAAAGCUCUGUAACGACUAUGUUCCUUUAGUAUUAAACUUCCUUGUGUUAAUCCGACAUCCCUGCGUGCUGAUCGUCAGUGAAUAAUUAUCCUCAAAACAUUGGAACUCAUAACAUUGAGUUUUAGCCAAUUCCAUGCUCAACGUAAUUGACUCCUUACCCAUGCCUCACAUAUCUUUAAUCAGUACAUGAGACUGUUGUGCUGUUUUUGAAGUCUGAUGUAAGAAAAAAGAGAUUUUUUUUUUUUACUGUUUGUUUUGUUAGACUUGUUAUUCACCGCCAGUAACCUCAUAUUUGACUUAGGUCUAAACGUUUAGACCCAAGUCAAAUUUAGAAGGAUUUGUAUGGAGUCAUCAGAGCAUAACUGGGCUAAUAUCUUAGAGACAAUUUGCCCUGAAAUGCUAGUUUUUUUGCUAAGUAGGCCUCUUGGAUGUUGCUCUUUCCAGAAUAUCCUGACAAAUCCCACAACUUCACAAAUCAACACCUUACUCUUACCAUAUUUCAUUUCUUACCAUUCCUCCACAUUUACAGUAAAAUCAAUCAGUUCUAUAACCACGACGCCGAAGUGUACGCUCCAUAGCGUCUUGUUUAUUUAUGGGCAUCGGAUUUUGCAGCUGGCUGAGACCACGCGCGGUCAGUAGACUGUGCGCGCGAUUCGUGCGCGACGAGAUAAUAAAGUCGCUACGCUCGGCGCGAUUCGCUCGGAAUUAUUAUUAUUAUUACAAGUGAUAUUGGUAAAAGUGAAUUAUAAUUAUUUUACACUAUAUAAAGCUUCGAGUUUAAACCUUAAAAAGCUAAUCCUACGAUUAGCUUUUUUGUCUUUCUUCGGUGCCGCAUAUUUAUGCGACGAAGUUACGGUUCGAGGUUGUCCGCUAUAGUGAGAAGUGAUUCCAUUUGCUUUUAUUGAAAUGGAUGGCUGAAAAUUGAUCGCUCUUUUUGAUAUACAAAUCAUGUCCAGUGACAUACAAAUCAUGUCAAAGAGAAAGUAAAAUCAACUAUUACAGCUGAUUCUUAAGUCGCGGCACCAGCCGAUUAAUAAAAUGGAUUUACAAAGAGAGAUGCGAAUUACUCUUACUGAAAAGAAAACAACAACUUAAUAACAGCCUGCAAACAACUAAGCUGAAAGUUAUGUCAUGUUAGGCCCCUUUCAAACGUGGAAUUUCUUAUGAGUACAGAACACCUAUUUUAGUCGAUGAAAGUAAUUAAAUACGGCAGUUGAUUUAGACCUCGGAUAUGAAGGUGCCUAAUUUAACGCCGUUUGUUGUCACUAUUCCCAGUCUCUAGGAAAUUUUUUUUAGUCAAUAUGGAAAGGGUUUCUAUUAUUAAUGCAUCGUAUUCGGCACAUGUGAAAUGCGACUUGAAAUGUUGACUUCAAAUGUUGAACCUCGAAUUUAAUUUGCAGCUGUCGAAUUUAGUUGAUUCAGACGUCCCGUCUCAAAGCAGUUAUAACCUCUCGAAUCAAAUUAGGCACAUGUGAAAAUCGACGAUUGAGCUGGGUAAUGAUAACAGUGUCCAGCAUUACUAAAAAUACCGGUAGAUACGCUAGGAUACAUACCGCAAGGAUGAUCUUUUUCUUUUCUUUUUUUUUUUUUUCAAUUCCUUGUAGAAUUAAAUCUUUAACUGACCGAAGCUAGACGUUCAGCUGACAAUAAACCCAUUAAUACUCUUUCAGGCUUAGUCUAUGAAAUUUAUGAAUUAUCGAUCGCACGGCUACCCGACUGAAUCGUAUGACCGUACGAUUCUCUCCCUGCUCGUAAGGUGUCUUUUCAGCGGUCGGGAAAAACAUUAAGACAACAUUGUUCAUCGUUAUGUCCAUUAUUUUAGGUUAGGGUAGCAAACCAUUUGGCUUUUAGGGUUAGAAGAGCUGCUACAUGACCUCUUUUCCAGGAAUGAAGAAAAACAAUAUGGCCGCCAAAUACAUCCUCUUAGUUUUUAACGUUCUCCUUUAUUAACAAACGGUGAACAUGUAUUUCGGCAAACAAACAGUUAAGUUGAAAAAGGAUUUUACAAAAGUCUCAAAAGUAGGUCUCCUUUUCGAUUUUAACUUCCAAUAUCGGUCAAUUUACGCAACUUUUUAAACUUCUGGCACACUUUUCGUUUGGUUCUAAUCUGAAAAUGGAAUAAUAAUUACUCAGAGACAAUACAUGUACAGUGUAAAGAAUUGUUGUGAAAAACAGCAAAAACCUGUCAAUUUACGACAAAAAAGUACUUUAAAAACGAACUAAAACAUUCAAAACGCUUUGAUCACGUGACUGAUGUGACGUGACGUCAUGUCCCUCUUUUGGUCAUGAAAAAAAUUAUCAGGUAGAACAUUACUUUCACGCAAAUUUUCUCUGCCGUGUGAUAACAGUUUGAGACUCUACAGCCCUCGGCCUAAUCUCCCGACUUUUUCGCUCAUGUCCAUUACCCCCUUAAAUUUUAAAUGCCGGACGUCAACUGGUUAUUUUUAAAUGGCCCACGCAACGAAAACCUCAAAUAUUCUAUUUGUUUGUAACUCAUUACUGAAAUGUUGUCACAGCAACAAAAAAACCUAAUUCGGAAAUAGUCACGUGACUGAUGACGUCAUUACCUUAGAUGUGACAUGGGAAGAUAUUUUAUGGCAAAUGUUAUCUUGUUGUGGUCUGAUAGUCUUUUACGUAUAAAAUUGUCAAAGUUAUAAAGCGUUUUAAAAAAUUGCUUCAAAGGAUUCUGGGAGAAAAUACGGAGUUAAUUUUUUCUUCUCUUUUUUUUUUAUUGUUUUCCCCAUAGUCACUGAAUCACUGAAAACUACGAGUAAUCCACCAGAGGUAACUGUUACUCUUCUACGGAAUGAGGAUCUUCCGGGAAAAUCAGUACUUCUGGAUAAGCGACAAUUGCCAAUCGACAUUUUGCUUUUGACGGUGAAGGAUUGGGAAUUUCUAGCUUGUAUUUCGUGUUUCAAUCGCGACUUCAGUAGAAGUUACUGCAAAGAGCUUGGUCAAGACGUGUACCUAGGCAAAAUUGGGAACGAUGACAUGAUGCUAAAGAUCGCUUUGGUGAAUUGUUACCCAGGAUCCACCGUUCCACAAGGAUCUUGUUUUGCCGUAAUGAAAGCAGUCGAAGUCUUGAAGCCCAAAGCGGUAUUCAUUGUGGGUUGCUGUGGUGGCGUAGACCCCGCAAAAUUCAAACUUGGGGACGUGGUAGUGUCAGUGAAACUGAUAAGAUAUUCCUCCCCCAAAGUCACGGACAAAGGCAUUACAGAACGUGGUGUGAGAGUUCCAUUGAAAAUCAAUUUUUCAAAACUGAUGUUAACUGCUACCCAUGGUUGGAACGCCCCACUGAAGAGUCCAAAAGAAUUUGAGGUCAAGGUGCACCAAGGAGUGCCUCUGAUUGGCCCAGAAAGUGUUGAUAGCAGUGCGCGGCGCGAGGCACUCAACCAACGCUUCCCAGAAGCCGAUGUUAUUCUAAUGGAGGGCGAAGGUAAGAUAAAAAAAAUUGCAGCUACCUCAGUGAUAUGUUAUCAUCUAAAAGUAAUAAUGCUUGAAGUCUCAAUUGGCAGGGUGUGAAAAUGGUUGUCUUACCCAAAUUCAUUGGACUGAGGUUUUAAGUUGGCAUGUAUAUCAGGGGGUGUAUCUGUAUUAGUGCAUGAAAUAGUUGAAAUCAAAUUAGAAUGACAGUGACUGUAAAUCUCGGUAGUCUGCUUCUGACUGCCUGUCACACGCCUUAAUAGUUUCUCCUUCGUGUUGUUCGGAUUUGAGCACCAUCUAUUCGCAGAAUUAAAUGUAUUUAACAGAUGUAUUUCUGGGCAGAGGGAGUUGGGCAAGCAACCUUAAUCAAUCGAGGUUUUAAUCUUGUUUGGCCUUUCAAAAGGGAUGUACUAUAAGGGAAGCUAAGGGAUCUCCGUUUACGGACAUUGCCGUUGUUGGAUCUGUUUGUCGGUUUUUACGUCUAAUACGACUUGUCGUUUUCCUGUUUUAAGCGUUCAGUUUUCAGCCAACUUCAAAGCGAUUAUUCGGAUUUGUGUUCAGAGCAGGAAAUUUCCGAAAAAAUGUUUUAUUCGGUUUGCACUUUCAACCGAUUUUUUUUCUUGGAGGUGCUGGGGGGACGUCUUUCAUCGACGAACGUAUGAUAUGGGUUUACCUCGGCGUAAGAACCUGUGAACUUUUUCUUUCUUUCGCGUCUUUUGUUUUUCUAAGUUCUUUUGUGUUGACUUCUUUGUUUUCUUUGGUUCACGUCACCCGUGAGGUUAACAGGUUCUUACACCGAGGAUGAACCGAUAAUAUAACCCUGCCAUGGAAACAAAGGUCCCUCAAGGAUUGAUGCUGAGAUCAUAAGAGAGGGAAGAUCAUAAGAGAGGGAAUAGCAUUGCUUAUGACCAGAAAUCUGUUAAAGUCAUGUAACCGGCCAUCCCUACGUGAAACUGUACCUCUUGUUUCUAUGUUCUUUGGACAGGAACCUUAAACCAGUAGGGGUUGAAGGUGGUUUGAGGGCAAGUAAUAAGCAAAAUCAUAACUGCCUUGGUGCCCUACAAGUUUAUGCACGCCACAGUGUAGGGUUUGAGGUCGCUCUAAUAUGUACCGUCCCAAAGGGUAUGGUUUUUGUGCCGUUUUGGUCUGAAAACGGGUAUAGAUUUUGCCCAUUUUGGUCUGGAAUCGGGUAGGGUUAACGAGGGAUUUACGGUAGUCUAUGAAUGUGUUCGUCGUUUCGAUUCCAGAUGAAUAAGAAAUAUAAUGUAAUAUGCGAAUUCGAAUUACUGUAAUUACAUCCUGCUCUCAGCAAACUUGUAAAUUCGUAGUUCUUGGGGGCUAAAAUCUGAAUUUAAGUCCAAAUUUAAGUCAAGUCACCCUGAUUCUCCUUGAGCUUUAACCAGGACUUGUCCGAGAUCUACCAACCGAUGCUAGUAGCGAUUUAACUACACAUAUGCGUUUUUCCUGCACUUAUCGUGAGUCUUUGCUAGAAAACCCCUGUCUUUAUAAUUAUUUUUAUAUAGGUGUUUAUGCAGCGGCUCAAGAGCUGGAUAUUCCAUGGACUAUCAUUACAGGCGUCUCGAGCUACGCAGAUGCAGGAUUGUUUGAGCCAAAUCCUUGGAAAACGUUCGCGAGUUUAAUGGCAGCUUCCUUAACUGCUCAUAUUCUCAGUAAUCCUGUUGCUUUCAGACACUGGCCUCACUAUCAAAGUACAGGUGAGUAUUGGAUACCGGCCGAGAGACGUUUACUUUGUCCCAUGCAAAUACUCUUUUCAAUGGGCUAAUUAGUGUGCUUCUAAUGAUCUUACCAAGGAUCCUCAAAAAACUUCGCCAAGAUCUUAUGAACCCUGGCAGAUCCUUGCAAAGUUCCUGAACUUCCUUUCAAGAUCCUCGUAGAUAUUUGAUUAUCGUCAAAGAUCUUGCGGGAUCCGUUUCGGAACUAUCCAUGAUGAUGAGUCACGAGCAGAUAUUAUGCUUUAAUAAUUUUCAUUGAAAAGCUCAGUACAAGAUAAUCACAUUCCAGAAAAACCAUAACUUCAACAAAACAAAUAGAUAUUGAUAUACGCGUCCAAAAUUACAAACAACAAAAAUUCCUAAACAUAUAUGGCUAAUAAGUUAUUAAUUAAUUGAGUCCUAGAGUAUUUACUUUUUUGCCUUUUUUCAAAGCAUUCGAAUACAUGUUUUGCUACUAGUUUUUGUAUUUUAGCAUUUCCGCUUGGGGUUUUUUAGAAACAUGAAUAUUUUGUUAGGUGACAUUCUGCUUAUUUUUAUUCUAUAUUCUUUUUCCAAAUAAUUUAGUAAGGAACAUCUUUUUUCCCAGUAAGCAAGGCAUAUAUUUAGAGAAUGGUAUUCGUCCUCCAUUUCUAUUUUACAAAUUGGGCAAAUUCUUUCUGCAGGUUUCUUAAACGGUCUCGAAUAACGUUCUGUCUCUAUGGCUAAUUUGUGGUUACUAUUAGUCGCAAUUUUGUUAGAGCUAUUCUGUAUCGCGUAUUGGUGACCUGAUGUAGGUAAUCUUCACAUUUGUAAUUGUCUAUCGUUUUGAAUAACCGGUAGGUUCUCAUUUUGUUGCUUUUGUUAGCAUCUUUUCUGGUGUCGUUAUUUAUUUCACUUAACCAUCUUUGUAGUUCGAUAUCCUUAAGUCGUUGCCUGAUCAAGCAGUUUACGAUUCCUAUGUCCGCAUAGUGUGCUUUCCUCCAGAGUUCUCCUAAUCCUAUCUGUUCCAAUAAGCUUUUGAUUUUUUUUGCUCCAGAGAGCUUUAUUUUCAUUCCAUUUAAUGUCAUUGUAUGCUAUUUGGGAUAAUUUGUUUUCAUUUCUGGUUAAGGUUAACCAGAACUUAAAGUUCCUACAUUGGGCUUCAAUUCUCAUUGGGAACCUUCCUGUCUCAGCCCUGCACGCAUUGUUAUUGCAGUAUUUAUUAACUCCCAGCAACCACUUUAGGAAUUUAUUUUGAACUAAUUCUGCUCAAUCUGCUGGAUCCUUUUCUAAUUGUCCAUUGCAAUCAAUCCCCCACACUUCACUCGCAUAAAAGAGUAUGGGAGAUAUCAGUGCAUCAAAUAACUUCAUUGUUAACUUUUUAUUUUCUCUGAGGUGGUCUCCCAUCUCUUUUCGUAAUUUAAAGAGUGCUUUAAGUGCAACUUUCUUCAGCUCUCGCCUAGCGAGAUUAAAGUUUCCAAAAGGACUCAUUUUGAGUCCAAGAUAUUUGUAGGAUUUGACGUUUUCCAGUUUAUUGGCGCCGUAUCUGAACAAGUAGUUGUUUAAAGACUUACCACAGUUAUUAAGAAUCAUAAUUUAAAUCGGCAUUUUCACAGAACUAUUCCAGCUUAUUAAGGAUUAUUUGAAGGCUUUUUGCUGAUCUAGAGAAGAUCACUAGAUCGUCCGCAUAUAAGAGACAAUUUUUAAUGGUAACAGGACUGAGUGGAGGCCAAUUCGGUCUGUAAUCAUACGAGUGAUUAACAAAAUCGGACGACCGCGUAGCGGGUGUCCGAUUUGUUUAAUCACGAGUAUGAUUACAGACCGAAUUGGACGACACAAAGUUCUGUUACCAGUUAAUCAUAACUUUAACAAAAUUUGUGAUAUAAUAGGCUAUUUUUUUUUAAAUCAAAACACAAGAAAUUCGAAAUUUUGUUUUGCUAGCAGUGAAAAAAAAAGCCAUUUAAGCUCGCGCGUGAUGGCGCGUACUGUCCAAUUACUUAGGCAUGACGCGUACUGUCCUAUUAAACUGUCCAAUUAAUAAUGGUAAUUGAACUGAAUGGAGUGCAAUUUGGUCUGAAAUCAUGCGCAUGAUUUCAAAAUCGAACGAGCGCGCAGCGCGAGGUCGAUUUGAAAUCACAAGUAUGAUUUCAGACCAAAAUUGCACGACAUGAAGUUCAAUUACCACUUUAUUACAUCCAUUUUGAAAUCGCAGAAUUUAGUCAGUACUAAUAUUUCAGUUAUUGAUCGAGUAGCCGGUUUGUUACAAAGCCGAAACAAACAGGCUUUUACAUCUCAUUUUGUAUUCGGAACAGAAAUGAGGCGAUAUAGAACAGAAAUGAUGCGAUUUAGAACAUGAAUGAUGCGAUUUGGAACCGAUGCGAUUUAGAGCAAAAAAUGGUGCGAUUUAGGAAUAAAUCACACUGCUGAGAGCCAAUCAGAUUGCACGGAUAGCCAGUGAUUUCAAAGUGGAUGUAAUAAAGGCUGAAAUCAGGGCAGUUGAUAGCCAAUCAGAUUUGACAAUUUUGUUAUAAUUAUGAAUAAUAUAUUUAUCACUUAGCAUAAUGUCGGUUGAACUCGCCGUAUUUAGGAAUUUUGGUAGAUCACUUAGAUAUAAAUUAAAAAGAGUAGGUGACAAUUUAACAUGCAACCUUGCUUUACCCCGGCAUGACAAGUAAAGGAUUCGGUUAAUUUGUCAUCAAUUUUAACUGCCGAUUUAUCAUUUGAGUACAUGGAUAAUAUAUAGAUUUAGCCAGGGCUAAUUGCGAAGCUCCCAUUGAUAAAUUUAUAACUUAAAUCAAACAAUAGUUUUGUAUUCCACAAAUCAGUUAACUUAAGGGCACAUUCAUGUGACUUUUGAUGGAAAAGCUAAGUUAUUUUGGAGUGAAACAAAUCUUGUAUCGAGUUGAUAUAGCCUUAUAUGUACACCCAAAACUAGUCUUCGGUCACAUGUAAGAGCAAUAAUGGCUCUUGAUCACAGUAGAUAAGGCGUGGAAAAAAAAUUCUUGGAAAACAAAUCAAGCCGAAUUUUUUGCGUUCGAUAAGUUUACAAUUCUUUCCAAUAAAUCUGGGUGCGUGCAAACCAAUCUUUUAUUUUUUUAAUACACCACAUCUGAGGAGAAAGAGUACUAUGAGGCGCUGUUUUUAUCAUACAGACCUCGUACAAAAUGCAGUAUUUCACAAUUUUUCAAGACAAAUUGCAUGCAUUCAAUAUUCAGGACCAUCGAAGAACGCGUGGACUUUUAAUUUGCGAAACCGUUCAAAAAAUUUCCAAAAUCACCUAUACGGCCAGCCGGUUCUAACUUUUGACAAUCGCCAACUUUGCGAAGAAAUUUUAAAAGAGUUACGCUUCAACGUGAUAAAGAAUUUAUUGAGUCUAUUUUCUAUUAAUGGUUUUAUAACGAUGUGUAAUCUUAAAAAGCGUUUGUUACGCUCGGCGUUUUGAGCACUCCUGCAAGCGAUGUUUAUGAACGGCUGAAAACAAACGACAAAGUGAUGAAAAUUACACUUUUGAGACUACCAACAAUCAAUAAGUAAAUAUAUAAAUCGGUAGAACAUUUACAGAGACAACAAUUUUCAUUCACGAAAACAAAUGAGUAUUUAAGUGUGUCUAAGAAUCCUCAAGUCUUUACUAGUAAGCUUAAAGAUUAAGUUUAUGUUUUAAGCCGCCGGUUUCCCGGUUUUUUGCUGUUUUCAAAGAUGAACUCACGACAAGAAAAUCGCUCAAAGCCUUCUUUCUACUGAGCCAAAAUUAUAACUAAAUAUUCUUCGGAAAGUUUUUUCUUUCUAUUUACGGUGAAUUAAUAUCGACUAAAGGUUUUUUAAAGUUCUGUAAGCUUAAGCUUUUUUCAAAUUAAACCUCAUACUAGGUCAGAUCAGUGUCUCAGUCAAAUCUUAAUACAAACGUGCAUAAACUAGCUUCAUAAAUUGCGCCGCUGGACUUCAUGAAAUUAGAUAUAAAUACAAUAAUGACUCAGACUUACCAUAUUUCGAGAUGCAGCUCCUGAAAGCUAUCAAGUAAGGCAAGGAUCGCUUGAGCCUUUAUAAUUCUCUUACGCAUCCAGCAAGGUGAAAAACAAAAACGAUGCCAUCCAAAAUCGGAUUAUUGGCUUUGACAAGCGACGCAUUUCACAACCAAAAACCCAAUAAACAAACCAGCCAUGAAUAAGAGAACACUCUUGAUAGCAGCUGUAUUUCAUUUUGUACAUCCAGUGGAAAAAGACAGUUAAAAACAUCACAAGUUGACUCAAAACUCUGUCAGCUUCAGGUGUCAAAGGAAACAACUUUCAAGAUGCUGCAUAAAUUUUACGCAUGAACUCACCUGUCAAAUUUUAACCAAUCAGAGCAUAAAAAUUGGACGUAGAGCGUGACCAACGCGUGACCAUGGUAAGAAAAGGUCUUCCCAGCCUGUAUUUUUAAAUAACUGGCUAAUUUUCGUGUCCGAGGUAAGUUUGAAGUAAAAAUCUUAAUAGUGCUGGGACAUAGUGACAUAAACAAGACAUAUUUCCUCUAAAUUUUUAAAACACAAACUUGAGCCUGCGAUCAUUUGAAAAGUAGUAACUUGUCAGCGGAUAACUCAAAAAAUACUCGACCUCGAUGGGUCGACACCUGAGCCCGCGAUACCGUUAGGUGAUACUGGUCAGCGGAUACCCUGUGUUGACAGCUGUCAAUUGAUCACUGCAUUGAUGUGCAAUCAGUUUUUUUCCUGGGCUCCCAAACUAGCUAGAAAGUGCGAGAGUAAACAUUAGUAUGCCUGUGGUGCGGACGGACGGUCGUUCGUUCGGUGUACGGUCACGUGAUAACCAAAUUUUCUGGGAUGGGUAGAUUUACUUAGCUAUGGGGCUCCGCCCACGCGCGCGCGUGGAGCUCCGCUAUUAAAACGUCUAGGGAACGUCCUUGGACACCUUCUUUUCUCAGUUUGUCGAAUAGUUUUUGUCGGGGUAUACAGUCGAAGGCUUUUCUAAAGUCGACGAAACAUGAAAAGAGUAAAUUUCGGUGCUUCUGUGGCUUAGAUUUCUCGUACUUGUCAAUAAGCGUUUUUAAUGUGAAGAUGCUAUCAACUGUCCCGUGCAUUUUUCUGAAACCACCUUGUUCAGCUUUCAAAAUUCCUUUUUGAACCAUGUAGUCGUACACACUGUAAUUUUCAGGGAGUUAUAAUAACUCCUCUAGUGGGGCUAAUUUAACUCCUAACAGUGGAGUUAUUUUUCGUGGAGUUUUUUUAACUCCAAAAAGGAGUUUAAAGAACUCUUUUUCAGGAGUAAAAGUAACCCCAGAUAUUGAGGAGUUAAAAUAACCCCAAAAAAGGAGUUAUCCUGUACCUAAAAUUUUUACUCCACUUUCAGAGUUAAAUUAACUCCAAAAAGAGUAAAAACAACCCAUGUAAGGAGUACAAGUAACCCCAUUUCGGAGUAAUUUUAACUCCAGACUGGGAGUAAAAAGAACUCUUUUUCAGGAGUAAAAAUGACCCCAAAUUCGGAGUUAAAUUAGGAGUUAAAAUAACCCCAAAAAUGGGGUUAUCCUGUACCUAAAAUUUUUACUCCAUUUUUGGAGUUAUAAUAACUCCCUAAAAAUUACGGUGUAUAUUAUAUAUGUAAAUUAAUUUUAUGAAAUGCCAUUUUUUAUCAUAGAUAUUUUUCAUUAAAGAAAACCAGGGAGGAGCAGCAUGGAAGUCAACAGAAGUAAGUUUAUUAUUUAUUUUAUUUCUUGUUUUCUUUUCACUCGCGUUAGGAAGGACUUCCGGUUUUUUUUUGUCCGAGGGGAACCGGUUCUAGUUUUGAAAGGUUCGAGUUUGCGCGGUAUCUUUCUCCUUUCAACGGCUCUCUUCGUGAGUGGAGAGGUUUUGAUCGGAGCGUGUGCGAAACGGGGACUAAUAUGAGCCGAGUUUGGCAAGAAAUUCUAUUUCCACGGUUUGCAAAGUGCCUGGGACAUCAUUAAGUCCGGGAAGGCUUAAAUGGGCGCUCGUUGCUCAAAGAACCGAGCUUCGGGCACAAUCCGAGAGACCAUCCGGUGGAUGGUGUAUAACGUCUCUGCCCAGCUCUGCACACGGUGAAGAAGUCUCCAGCAGGCAAUAAGGGGCAAAUUGGUUAGUUUGGACAUAAGAAAAGAGGGCUAACGAAGUUUUUGGCUGUGAUUUUUGCCUUGCUGGAGACUUCUAAAUUGUGUUGUUAUUGCCAGGAUGUAAUGUGUCCCGCACGAGUUGAACACGGAUUUCCCAGAAUGCACUGCGAGAAAGCUUAAAAACAUGUUUAAUAUUUGACCAUUACAGUGAGACUGUUCUGUUGUUGUGUUUCAGUUUCUACGACGGAGGUGCUGAUCUUUGAAUAAGCGAGCAACAACGGUGAGUAGCAGGCUUUUUGCCAGGAAAGGUUAUGUUACAAAGUCGUGAAAGUGUAGUUCAAAUCAAAGUCUGUGGUUUCGUAUAGCGAAGGUUUAAUUUUGGUCAUGUCGAGCGACUCUGGAAAUUUACUGUGUUUAAAAAGAGCCGCCGUCCUACUGUACAGGCUGAAUUGUCGUUCAUUUUCAAUUUAUUGUUGGCAUUGCAAGCUAAAUGCUGAUCGGAUCGCGGAAGAGUAACUAUUUUCCUCAAAGCAUGUUAAAGUUCCCGCGCUAUAGCACCGUCGCGACGACGAGCGCCAUUUAUGCUUGAUUCUCCGGAAUGUUCGGUGCAAUGUUUUUAAUCUGCUUUAUGCACCGGUACGGCGAUUAUAAAACCAUUGCAGGAUGAAACUGAUCUAGAGAAAAUGAUGUAGAAGAGAUAUAUUACUUUCUAAACACGUGUUGAGGAAUUUUCUUUAAACAAGGUUUUCCUUUUGUCCUUUUCUUUCAGAUGUGGCCGUUGGUUUUACCCGCCCCCUCGGAGCUGGGAUAUUUACUCUCUGAAAUGUUUAUAUUAUCUGUGCUCUGCUGUGGUCAAACACGAAGAAAGCGAAGCGAAACGUCUUGUAAGAUAACGUUAAUUCGAAACUACUUGCUUGACCAGUGAUUAGUCUUCGAAAAUCGCCUAUAUUGAAACUACAUCUCUUUCUCACCUCCUGACCCGUCUUUUGAAAUUCAAUCCUACGCUCAGUACGGCGAUGUAAUUGAUAUGUAACGCAACGUAAUUUGGUAUCCUGACCAGAAGUCUCUCAAACGUUAACCCUCAACAAACCGUACUUCUUGUUUGUAACCUUUAUCCUUAUUUAACCCUAAGCCUUAGCUCAACUUUAGCUAUCACCCUAACCAGCUUAACGUAACACCCUUUUCCUGUAACUCAGUCAAUCAACUCAUGUGUUAUGACCAUUGAAAUCAGUUGAGACUGCUCGUCUAACCCUAACCCUCCAACCUAACCCUAACCUAUUCCUAACCCUAACCCCAACCUCGACCUAAAUUGAUUUCAAACCCUAACCCUAUCCCUAGUCCUAACCCUAACCUAUUCCUAACCCUAACCCCAACCUCGACCUAAUUUGAUUUCAAACCCUAACCCUAUCCCUAGUCCUAACCCUAACCUAUUCCUAACCCUAACCCCAACCCCAACCUCGACCUAAUUUGAUUUCUAACCCUAACCCUAUCCCUAGUCCUUACCCUAACCUAACCCUAACCCCAACCUUAACCUUAACCCUAACCCUAACUCUUCUUCCCCCUCUUCCCCCCCGCUGCUCUUACAUUUAAUAGUAUACAGUAAAAACUAAGUAAUAGGUGCUUUUCGAAGUUAGCCUCAAAAGGCUCUUAUAAAUUUUCUCUUUCUUGGAAAUUAAGCUGUUUAGGUUCUCAAACAUUCGAGGUUCUUAUUUUCUUAAGGAAAAAAGACUUUUUGGAAGAAUGUUGGUGGUUUUAAAUGUUUGUACAAAAUAUGCAUGUUGUUAUGUCUAAAUGACUGCAAUUUAGGCCAAUAGAAACUUUUUUUGCCAUUAGAAUGAUUAGUUGACUUUAAGAACUACAUAGCGAUCUGUUUUAACAUUUGUACUUCAUCAGGUUCUUUCAGAAUCUGAAGAAUUCUGGUUUUUAUCUGUGCCUCUCCUCUGUGUCACUAACCUGACACAAUAAUGACUGACACGUGCAUGUUUCACUGUACAGUAUUUUUCAGAUGAAAUAAAAUACUGAUUUGGAUUGUUUUUGUUAUAUUGGGGGCAAUUAAAGUCUUAGUGAAAACUAUACACUGUAAUUUUCAGGGAGUUAUAAUAACUCCUCUAGUGGGGCUAAUUUAACUCCUAACAGUGGAGUUAUUUUUCGUGGAGUUUUUUUAACUCCAAAAAGGAGUUUAAAGAACUCUUUUUCAGGAGUAAAAGUAACCCCAGAUAUUGAGGAGUUAAAAUAACCCCAAAAAAGGAGUUAUCCUGUACCUAAAAUUUUUACUCCACUUUCAGAGUUAAAUUAACUCCAAAAAGAGUAAAAACAACCCAUGUAAGGAGUACAAGUAACCCCAUUUCGGAGUAAUUUUAACUCCAGACUGGGAGUAAAAAGAACUCUUUUUCAGGAGUAAAAAUGACCCCAAAUUCGGAGUUAAAUUAGGAGUUAAAAUAACCCCAAAAAUGGGGUUAUCCUGUACCUAAAAUUUUUACUCCAUUUUUGGAGUUAUAAUAACUCCCUAAAAAUUACGGUGCAGUAGCCUGAAUUUCAUCCGAUUACUUCGAGUUGUUAUUACUCCCUCAGUAACGUCUGAAUCGACCAGCCGUUAAUGCCGUCCAGUGACGUCACUACUCCUUGACCUUUGCUUUAAUUCAUGCAAGAAGUAAAACACGAUUUUCAAGUGGCAAACCGAGAAAUAUCGUUUGGAAAUGUCUGCAUGAUACAGAAUUGCUUUAUUUUUUUCGAUCGUAAUUCAUGUUUAACGUUCAAACUAUCAACUGCAUGCAGUACAACUCUGAACCGGUUGUACUGAAUUCUAUAAUCAAACUCGGUCGCAAUCAAUGCAAUGAAAUAAACACACACAUGAAACACUUAGUUCAAAAACACAAUGAUUUGCUUUAAUUGAAAAGAAGCUAUUUGGUCCUUAACGAAGAAAAAAAAAACAACGAAACAAGAAAGAAAAGCUAACAGAAUCAUUACACUUGACGGUGAACAGAAAACUUUGCGUAAACAAAAUCACCGCCCGCCGAAACCCCAAAGCGGCUCUAAAUGAAAAACCUACCGACUCUCCGCAAAGAUUCUUCAUUCGCAGUUCAAUUUAGCAUUUCAGUUUCGAAGACCAGGGCAAUUUUGUUGUUUAAUAUAAAGAUUAAGCUUAUCGAAAUGUUUGAAGUACACGAAAGAAUGCCAGAGAUGCGAUCCGCUGAAUAUCAAGCGACAAUCCCGCUAAAAUUUUUCAUAAUUAUACAUAAUUAUGCGAAUGUUUAGACAAUCAACCAAUCAAAAUCACUACCAGGUUUUCGGGUAGUGAGUGACGUCACUGGACGGCAUUAACCGCAGGUCGAUUCAGACGUUGUUGAGAGGAGAAAAUGACUAGAAGCAAUCGGAUGAAUUUCAGGCUACUUUAAUGGCGUCCUUUCCGAUUUUUAUUACUUCAUUUAAUAUAUUAUCGAAACCUGGAGAUUUGUUUGCCUUCAGUUUGUUAAUUGCAGCUUCGAACUCUUUAUCAGUUAUUGGAUAAUCAAGUGGGCCUUACACUCUUUCGUUACUGUGGGUUUCCAUAUUCGUCUCCGGAUCUAGUAUAUUAUUGAGCGGGGUCGCAUUCUGUUGCUUAAGGUAUUUAUAAAACUGUUCCGUACUCCGGCCCCCAUGUGUUUUUCUUUUUCCUAAGUUAAAGAUUUUUCCUAUUUGUCGCCAGGUCUCUUUGGAGUUCUGCAUAUCGAUAUUAGACAAGCCUCUACGGAUAUACUCCCGUUCUUCCGUCUACAAGUUUGUUUGAACAUCUUCUUUUUGUCGCGCAGGAGUUGUCUCAGUUCUGAAUUAUUAGUGUUUUUAGAAAUUUUCUCCCCAAGGGAUUGCAAGUUUUCUUUUUCUGUUUCGCAUUCCAGAUCGAACCAUUUGUUUUGUAAAUUGCAUUUAAUUUUGCUGCCUCUCGCUUUCAAUCCGGCUUCUUUGCAUGCUUCUACCAAAGUUUCACUAAUUAAUUCAGACGCAGUAUCGAUGCUAUCAUGUUUUACAGCUGCUUCUAACCUGGAUUAAACUGUUUGUGAUUUGAGACCAGCCUUAAGUCUGUCCUUAGACUUGAUAUUCCAGAAAAGCCUAUUAUAUUCGGUCAAGAUGAGUUCAGCCGAUGUUUCAAAAGAAUCUCGGUUAACAAAGUUAGCUUUUAUCGCGAAUGAUAGGUGACAGUGAUCCGAUAAAUGUGGCAUUAAUGCGUUAACAAUAAGAUAUUGCAAAUUCCUUAGAAUUCUUUUUGAUCCUAUGACGUAAGCAACAAUACUGCUACUGUUAUAAUGAAAGCAAGUCUUUUUACCUUCCAGGUCACCGACAAUCCUUCCAUUGAGAAUUCGUAAAUUUAACGCUGUGGGAUGUUUCUAACAAAUUUCUACCCCUAGCGUUCACGGUUACCUGAAUCUUGUGACCGUCGUAAGCAUUGUUCGUCAUUCUUGUAGUCCUCAGGGACAUUCAGGAAAGAGUUGUCAUCAUCUAAGACUGUCUCCUGAAUGUCACCCGUUCGUGCAUUAUAAUCACCCUGAACAAUUAUGUCACCCUUUUGUGAAAAUAAAAACAUUUCUUCUUCUAAUUCCCCAAUUAAAUCUUCGCUGCUAUGUCUUUCAUAAUUUGAUGUGCUUAAUAAACUAUUCCUACGUAUAUAUCCUUUUGAAAGUUGAAGUACGUUUUAUCAAGUUUACACCAUAUUAUGUUUUUGUUUUCAGACGGGAUGUAGGUGACUCCUUUAGCGAGUUUUUUAUUUAUAUAUACAGAUAGUCCCCCGGAAGAUCGGUUUCCCGAUUGAUUCCUACACUUAGUAAAAUAUUUGAAUUCACUUAUAUUCAUCUCCGUUUCAUAAGUUGCAUGUGUUUCAACAAGUGCAAAAAUGUCAUGUUUGUUAAUUAUGCUUAAGAAAUCGUCUGUUUUUAGUUUAUUUCCUAGAAUGCUACUGUUAAAACCAUUCUAAUUCCAGAACCCUAUUCGCAAAUGACGUGACACACGGAAUGGGAAAAGAAAAUGGAAAUGGAUUACUUAUCUCAUUAACAUUUCGCUCUCUCUUAGAUACUCUGCAAUUAGGUUGAGAGCUUGUAAUGGUUGAUUAUUGUGAUAGAUACUUCUUCGGCGCUCGUUAUAGGGCUGUUCUCUCUGAGGACCGACUGGGACGCGGGCAAAACCACGUCGAUUCCCUGGCAAGCUUUCGAGGUUUCUGUCCCGAAGUCCUAGGUGGUGUUUCCUGUUUGUUACAAGUUUCUUUGUACCGAUUUUGUUGUUCAGGUGAACGUCAUCGUAGAAUACUUGCUCAAUUAAGUUUCCGUAGUUGUCGCACGUUACUCUUUUGUUGUCGAUGAAAGUCACACCUAGAUCUGUGCAUAUGCUUUCGUAGUGACGGUUGAUUUCAUCAAUAAGCUGAUUUUUACUGUUAUCCCGUGGGACGUAAGUCAGUCCUGAAAUUGCUAUCGUACUAUUCGGCCAUCUAUGCUUUAGGUUGACGAGACAGUUUUCCAUGUUUGUUCUGAUUUCAUUUGCGGUCAGUUUCCCGACAUCUUUUGUACCGGAAUGGAUUACAAUGUAUACUACAGGGAAGGGGGAGAAUUCUUUUUCGGGGGGGGUCUUAAAAUUUUUGAAGGAAUAGGGGAUGGUAAAAUUUCUGAAGGCAGGAAGGGGGAUGCCAGUUUUUUUAGAUCUCAUUGAAAGAUUAAGUAUUUGCAACAUUAUCGAUAAACCACUACGCAAGUGAAGUUCUUCAUUUUCUAGUUCAAUGAAGGUUGUUUUCAUUAUUAAUGCACUUAACUGCCAUGUCUUUUACUUUGUGCAGUAACCAGCGCUAUCUACAUAAUCAUUACCACCUUUACUUUUAUCCUGCUUUUAUUAAUAAUGUCACAUAUUGUCUUCAUUCUCAUUAUCAUCAUCAUCAUCAUCAUCAUCAUCAUUGUCAUCAUAAUCAUUAUCAUCAUCGUAAACAUUAUCAUCAUCAAAAUUAACCCACCUUUCUCAUUUUCAAAGCUUCUAAAGUUAUAAUUAAGUCUUCAGCUUCUUUGCUCACAAGAUUUAAAUCAACUUUCACAGCUGAGAGGGAAUGUAAAUGGUCAGUAAUAUUUUGUAUGAUGGCUCUGCAGUCAUGCUGAAAUCAGAAUGAUAUACUUGAGUACAGGUCUAUCGCAGUUCUAUAAUCAAAAGUGAUCAUAUACAAAUUCCCAUCAAGUUGGCGGCAAAUCUUUAGAAAACUUCUUUGAUUUACAUCAAGGACGGGAUUUCUUAGGAUAGAAAUUUCUUACUAUUGCGGUGUCAUUUAUGGAUAUCGAACGAGGAAUACAAUGUCUUUUGAAAGCUUCCCUUCUAAUAAGCCACAAUCGGCCUAGCUGGUUGAGAAAAUUUUAUUAGUGUUUGAGUUAAAAGACCACAUAGUUUUCAGUACGGAACCUGAAGCUUUCUGUGGAGUAGGCAAAGUGGCACUAAUCUCAAUAUAUUUUUCUAUUUUAAACAUUAAUCUCCGCAGCAUUUCAUCAUAUUGCCCAUAUUUUACUUUCCUCGUCGAAACUGAGUAGGGGGGUGUCAUUUUUUUAUUCUCGUCAAGAGAGCGGAAUGUCAAAAAAUGUGUAUGUGGGGGGAUGUUAAAAAAUUUGCCUCUUUAAAAAAUAUCCUUUUCCCCCUCCCUUCCCCCCACCCCUUCGCCCCUUCCCUUUGCAGUAUACAUUAUGAAUGCAGCCUAAGCACCAGCUUAAUCGCAGGGGUCGUAGCCGGCAUGAGGCAAGACGAGGAAAGCGCUUCGUCUGGAUUUAAACAAGAUUGAAUUUUCUAAAAAUGCCAAAAAUACAAUGUGGUGUUUUAAAGCCUAGUCUAUAUUUUGCAAUUUUCAGCGUUAAAAGUUUGGCUACGUUCCUGGAUCGUGGCAUAAAUCUUUGAAUUUUCUAUACUUCUAAGGAAACUCUUAAUCUCUAAAGAAACAAUCACUCUCCAGUAAUCUUUCUAACUGCUGCAAGAAUGAUACAUGAGUGCGUCUAGAGACUAGCUGAAACCUGAUGUCACCUCUAAUUUGUUAAACCGAUUCUUUUAAUACUUUUAGAUUUGAUUCCAGCCUUUGUGCUAGCUAGAGGAGACAAGGCACUUGCUGCUUACCGCAGGGCAAUUGAGACUGGUGGUAGCACAUAUGAUAAACGUGUCAAGGUUUUACUCGUUGGACAAGACCGUGUGGGCAAAACAAGCCUCGGUAAAGCUCUAAGAGGUGAACCUUUUGAUAAAGCCGAACUCAGUACUGAUGGAGUGCAAAUGAUCCCUGCUGUCAAGAAUGCUGGAACAGGCGCGUGGAGAAAUCCUGCUUCUCUUGAACACACGACAGUAUUUGAUCAUAAGGUUGCUGCAGAGACAGCUAAGAAUUUUUUUAGCACACACUCGGAGCAGCCAGCAACGAAACAACCGACAGAAACCUCGAAUAAAAGUGAACCUAAGAAACCAAUAGGAGGGCCUUCAAACCAAUCAGUUCAGUUAUCUAUUGAAGAUGGUUAGUGCGAUAAACAUUCGGUCAGUCUUUAAUAACUAUUGCUGAUAGACUGGAAACUGUAGUUUCUGUAAAAUCCUGAAAACUUUCGGUUAUUUACGUAGACGAAACGAAAUAGUCUGCUGGGUUAAAAGUUGCUAUUUAAUGUGUUUGUGUUCGUAAAAUUAUCGGAAUUUUUGAUAAACUGGCCCCUCACACAGCAAGCUUAAACGGCACCCAAGAUACCGACUAUUCUGGAUUUUACCUCUGUUUGUUGUGAUGUCGGGUUGUAACUGUAGCAACCUGUUGGCACCAAAUUUUGUCAACAUAUAUGUAAUGAGUAAUUCGCCCCAACACUUGAAGAGAAGAGCUUCUGACAGUAAAUACCUAAGAUCAGGCCCAAUUUUAUCACUUUCCAAGCGAAACGAAAAUAGAGCCUGAUGUUGCGUUCUCUGCGUUGGCAUUAAAUGGUAUCAAAAAUUCGAAGAAAACCUGGGUGUGUGUUGUUGGCAUCCAACUCGCCAUCCUGCACUCUGAACCCGUUUAAACCCAAGAACUCGCUCAAAGGCAAAGCGCUUUGAGGUAACUGUGAACUAAUUUAGCUUGUCCGUUCAGAACACCUAAUCUCCUGAUAACUUUAAUUAGAAUUCUAUCCUACUAAGGGUGUAGAGACUACAAGGUGGUGGGCUUGUAACUGGUGCAUUGACUUUUGGAGCCUGAAGAUGGACUAGACUCUUAUAUUCCCUUUUUUUGUUUCUAUUUCCGCACAGGAGACCUUAUUCCAUCAACAACUAAUGAAGAAAGCCCUCCAGUCGACCAAGAAGAAGAAGCUUCAAGACAGACUCGUAAGUUGAAACUGUCGCCAACUUUUCUAGGUUAACACCUUCAUUUUCCUUCGUGACUUGUGCAAUACGGACUACAGCCGGAGAAUAAGAAAUGUGGAAAACAUAACGGUCCGACCUGGGAAAUGUAACAAAAUUCGACUCGUAAAAAAAAAUACACUAAACAUGAUUGGCGGUACAACAUGCUAUUAAAAGGAUGCCGAUUCACUGUUUCAUUUGAUUAUGCGGCGGAAGGACUGUUUUCGUCUUCAUGCCGCAUUUCAGUAGGGAAAUCCGAGAUCUCGCCCUACCGACAGAGUUGUUAAGGGUCGCGCGCGGUUAUCCAGUGAGUCAAUGUUUUUUUUGUUGUUGUUUUGUUAUUAAAGCAUUUCGUACGUUUACAUACAACAUAGAAAUUAAGAAGAACAAAAAGGAGAGGAGACACACACACACACACACACACACGCUUAUAUAGUACAAAUAGAAGAAUGCAAAGCUAAACACACACAAAGCUAUUACAGCAAUAGUUACUUAGUAUGUAGAUUACAAUGACUUCACUUCAAACUAAUGAUGAAAAUUAAUCAUGACAUCACUUAUUCGGAAAAACGCUUAUUUACUUUUCCCACUUUUUAAAAUGAUUAUUUAAUUUGUCUUCUUUUCCUAGCAAUAUGGAGUUCGAUAUUUUAAAAUAAUACGUCUUGUCCUGGCUAUAAAACCUUGACGAGAAGGUAUACCAUUCUGGCAUUUCCGAGAGAAAUAUUAAACUUACCCAGAAGCAAGAUAUGGUUAAACAGGAGAAAAUCUUCUACAAUAUCGGACUUACCAAAAAUCGCAUCUUCCUCUUUAUGGUUAUCAACAGAAAUGUUAUAAUCGCGCAACCAGGACAAGACAUCUUUCCAAAAACUAGAUGAUACUUUAUUCAGUCAAUGGUGCCUAAAUAGCCUUACUUAUCAGCAUUACACCGUUAAAAUGAGAGCUGUGUCCUCCACUUUUUGUUACGUUUUUAUCAUCUUCUUGACUUUUUACAACAAUUUACCAAAAACUUUAUCGAAAAUCCGUGUCAUGUUCUUUCUCGGCCAGUGAAUCACGUUAGGAUUUCUGCCUUCUUUCUUACAGAUCAUUUUCCGCGGGGAGAGGAAGUAAUGCCAGAUCACGUUGCUUUACUUUUAGAGGAAAAUCUAGCGAGAAACGAACUUGACCCUGAAGAAAAAAUUUGGCCAGUCAUUUGGGACUUUGCAGGACAGGACAUUUAUCGUGCCAUUCACCCAAUCUUUAUGUCGUCAGAGGACCUUUAUCUUCUUGCUUUUGAUCUUACAAAGAAACUUAGUGAAAAAGCAGUGUGUCGAGUGAAUGUGGGUCACAGAGAGCAUGCUGUAACAGCCCGCGAUGAUGAAGACACAAAUUUGGAUCACUUAUUAAGGUGGAUGGACUUGAUUCACUCUUUAAAGAAGGGUAAUCAGAAAGAGAUAGAGAAUUUUUCGCAUCCCCCAGUCAUACUUGUCGGUACUCAUGCUGACUGUAUAGACAAUCCAAGUGAAGCAAUGAAAUUAGUCAAACAGACGUGUUUACGUGUGUUUUGUAAACACAGUUAUUUACCACACAUCAGAGAUUGUUUAUCGAUCGACAACAAAAACGCUGGCAAAUUAUUCAACCAGAAGGAUAUCGAGAAGUUUCGAGAGGCGAUUCUUAAGGUAGCUGAUGAAAUGCCUCAUACGAAGAAGCCGAUCCCUUUACAAUGGCAUCGUGUUGAGAAGGAAAUCAGUCAACCGAAAUGGCAAAGACGCAAGUUCCUUUUUAAGGAAUCUUUUCGUAAAGAUAUUGUUUCCCGCUAUUGCGCUUUUAAAAAUGAGGAUUACUUUGAAGAACUUGUGCAUUUUUUGCAUAGCCGUGGGACAAUAGUGUACCAUGAACAUGAGUAUGAUGAAGAGAAAAUUGGUCUGGUUAUUUUGGAUCCCCAGUGGUUAAUCAAAAUAUUCUGCAAGAUUAUCAACGUAAAUCCACAGGAGAAAGAACCAAUGGACGUAGAAGCAGAUCGUACAGAAUUGGAAGAAAAAGGAAUUCUUUCCAAAAAGUUGAUUGAUCAUACCUGCCGCAGUGAAAGUCUGAGUCCCAUUAAGGACCAUUUGAUUUCUUUAAUGGAUAAGUUCAACCUCAUCUGCCGUCAAAAAACAGGAGAAUCGCAGUUCUUGGUCCCUUGUAUGCUGCGGACUACUACUAAUGAAGAAGGGGAAAAUGAAACUGGAUCAAGUGUACCUAUAUACCUCAGGUUUCAAACUGAAUAUGUUCCAAAUGGACUAUUCUCCUGACUUAUUGUGCUGUUUGUGAAAAAUCCGCAGUACACAAAUAUGUACGAGCUGACAUCAAAUAAAGCUGAAUUUAUCCUUGACGAGAAUAGCAGCCAUCCGUUUCAAAUGGUGCGCUACAAGAGUGUUAUUAAGCUGGGGUUCGGAAAAGCUGAAGGCAAUCCGCCCAAAGAGGAUUAUGUUAAUGUUUUAAGGUAAAUACUCGAAUUCAAGUACCUCUUGCCUUCUACACAUUUUCAAAAACUGUAUACAGUUGAACCUCUCCACAACGGCCACCUUGAGAACAGAGGAAAGUGACUGUUGUAGAGAGGUUUAAACAAGAGUCAGUGUAUGGACUGUCCACCAAAAAAGUGGCCGUUGUAGAGACGUGGCUGUUAGUACAGGUUCGACUGUAUAUUUUUUUCUUGCUGUCAAUUCUGUGUUAGUUACAUAUCCCUCUUUUGGCUAGCCUGCAUAACAGGCACUUUAUGAGCCAAGCGAGGCGAACGUGGCAUUUUGCGUUUCGCGCUUCGCGCAAAAUGCCACGUUCUUCUCGUUUGGCUCAUAAAGCGCCUGCGCCUUUUGGCUUGGUACGCAGGCAAAACAGCUACAGGAACCACGGGAAGAAGGGGGUGUGCCCCAGCCACCCCCUUUUUUUUUCAGGGUGUUUCGAAAGUAUUCAGUUUAUGCUGUUAACUUUGACCCAGUUUAGUUUACCUGGCUCAUAUUACUAACAACAAUAGCUUAAACGAAGGUAAUCCGCUCCUGCUGAAAAAGUAAGAGAUGCUAAUCAAUCUUAAAUCUUUACAAUGUAUUUCUUUGUCCAAGGUGGAUGUUUUUUACUUUCCGGAUAAACCCACAGUUCGAAACAGUUUGCAUAGUUUGGCUGAAUGUCAGUUUCCGGUAGAUUUUCCUAUUGUGUAGCACAAGUUCUUCUCCUGCCCUUUUUGCCAAUACUUUUCUUUAAAUCUAUUUUUAGGUGGUUAGAUAUGUUGUUUGAAAAGCUUCAGAGGGAGUGUCAUUGGCUGGAAUCGAUGUCUGUGGAGUUGUGUGCUCGAUGCACAGUCUGCAUAGGAAGAAAGACAGAGCCCUGCGCGAGGCACGAGGAAAGCUUUUGUAGGCACCAUGACUGUGGUCACUACAUGCCUUUGGUCGGAGAAGUAGCUCUUUGGUGUACGCCUCGUCAAAGGAUGGACUCAAAACCACUCAAGCCUUGGAUUGAGGCUAUUGAAGACAUUUCUAAGGUGCGUGAUGUGCAAGUAAUAAAAACUUUUUUCGUUUGCAAAAGUGAAUUCAUGCGCAUGUGGCUACAUAUGGCAAUGCAAUAAAUAUUAUGAGACUAAACCGAUUGAUGCCAAUGGCUCGUAACAUUUUACUACUUAUAACAACUACUACUAGUCUUCCUACUUUGGGGUAAUGUUCGUGAUACCAAAAAAAACGGUGCGUCCCCAGUGAGGAGCGGUUUGCCGAAGUAACUCGCAGAAGAGUUGCAGUCUAUACAAAACAGGUGCCUAGAUAUCAUCGGGAUACCAAUAACAUAACAUAUAUUAUAUUAACAUAUAUUAGAGACGUAUAACAUAUAUUAUAGAUGUAUAUAUUAAUAUAUUAACAUAUAUUAUAGAUGUAUAUAAUAAAACAGUAAACUAAGAUAAAAUGUAUAAAAUGGAGUAAAAAAUACAAAGCACUGAAGUAAAUUGAGGGCAUGAAUUAAGUCAGAACUAUGUCAACUAUUUGGUACAGACAUCAACGCAUCAGUUAAGUGUUAAAUUAGAAUAUUAACCAUGCGGUAAAAUUUAUUUCUUUGCAGAGGCCGAGUCCUUCCAGCUUACUUUUCAAAACUCAUGAAUCCG